UUGCUUUGAUUCAUCCUUAUUCAAUGAAGGAACAUCAUGUUACUCUUUGUGUAUUUUAUUUAUAUACAUAUAGAUUUAAUAAUAGCAAAAUCAUUUAUCUAAAAUGAUUGCAAUUAAUGAUCACAAAUGUUUAAAUAAUGACAGCGGGUGUAGUUAAAUGUGAUAGAGUGUAGUGGGCAGUGGAAUGAAUACCGGUGUCCAUUUGUGGUGACUGCUGACUGAGAUAAGGGAUAAGAUUAAAUGGACCCCGGAACUUAGCCUGGUCUGGAGCAGGCUUGCUCCACAGAAUAACUCUCCAUGGUAACUUCCGUCAUGACAAAACCCACCUUCCCCUAUCCUACUUUUAUGCAACCGGAUCGCGGAUAAGUUGAUCCAGGAUAACCAACAUAUCCCGGCUUAAUCCCUUAUCCUACUUUUAUGCAACAGGCCCCAGGUGUCUUUGUUCAUCCAUGUGUGGAGAAAAUGGGUCAUCAUAAGAUCAUCCAUUGUUUUUUUAAGGCCAUGAUUGACCCCUCAGCUUAAGAACUUUAUGGGUCCUCGUGCCAACUGCCAAGGGGCUGCAGCACACACACACACACACACACACACACACACACACACACACACACACACACACACACACACACACACACACACAUUGAAUCAGCCACAAUCAAAUCCAUGUAAUUUUUCCUGGUGGGGGGGUUUGUUCUUAUUUUGGAGAUUUUCAGUGUGUGUGUGUGUGUGUGUGUGUGUGUGUGUGUGUGUGUGUGUGUGUGUGUGUGUGUGUGUGUGUAUUUAUCCCCUGAGGAGAAAUUCAUGUGUAUGUGUUGAUCAGAAGCUUGCUUAUGUGGGUUUAUCCUCCUGUCCUCUGCUGUCAUUUUAAUCUUCCUUUUGUGUACUAAGUGUGUUUCUGUGCAUAUGUGUGCACUCUCAUUCGGUGGCCACUGAGGAACUCACAGGGCCAUGAACUUUACACACACACACACACACACACACACACACACACACACACACACACACACACACACACACAUAAGCAUGCUUACUGUGUCAGUGUGUCACAUGAGAGGAUUAAAACCUCAUGUUAGAGACAGCUUUUGUGCCAACCAAGCUUAGUGGUAAUAAACAUAACACCACCGUUUUGUCAUCUGUUCCAACUCCAGUAACAAGCCCCAUGCAGUUAUUAAAGUGAGAUUUACAUUAGUGAUUGGUAUAAGGAUUUGCAGAGGGGAUGCACUUGCCUAAAAUUCUGUUGUGGUGUUUAUUUAGUUAUUUUUUGGCUGUUAUGCUGCAGCCAUUAGGCAAAACAUGUCCUAUGCAUAACUUGUUCAUUUGGCACUUAGUGUAGAUAGUGUAUCAAAAACUACACUUAAUGGUCAUGCAAAUAUUAGAAAAACCAAAGGUCUUUUUUUUUUUCACAACAAACAGUUUUAAGAAGAAAACACGUUCGUGAGUGAGAGCCCAUUAAAAAACUGCCUCUGCCAACUGCAGAGGGAGUUUGUCCACGCCAAAUCACAUUUCUCCAUAAAUGAUGCAGUUUAUUCAAAGAUUAAAUCAGGAAAUGAUUACAAUGACUUGUCUUUGUCCUUGAGAACUGCUAAAUGCAGUAAUUUUUAAAAAAUGUGUGGAAACCGAGCACGUCUAAGCCUUCUUGCUGUACAGGGAAUAAAUUUAAUCAUGAUUUGGAGCAAUAAUGACGUUCACUCUCGAAUGGGCGGGGUUCCAAAAGGACAGCUAAUAGAAUUUAUUCUCAGCUUGAUUGACACUCGUGUUGUCGAAUCAGCCCCAUUCUCAUUGCGACAAUUCUGCCGUUGGACCCUGCCAUCGGAGUGUUGUAGUAGUGACAAAUAUGUCGGCCUCUGGGAAUCUACCGCUGACCACUAUUAUGGAUAUAUGAGAAGCACAUGGUUAUAUGAUUAUGCUUCUCUUCAUUCUUAUCAACGGAGCAGCCUGCAGAUAAAUUUGAAGAGCCUAGCAGCUGUAGGUGAAGCUACCUGUGGUUAGCCAGCCUUCUUACGUUGUUUAAAUGAGCCUGACGCUGGGAUUGCUAACGUUAGCCACCAAAGCUAAACCAGCACAGCCGGAGGAUCCGUUUGGAUAAAAGAGGACGCGCCUGGUUGUGCCUGCUGAUUGUAACCCCAGGUGGCAUUAAAAUAACAAAGACUGGAAAAUCAAAUUGACCGUUUUUGGACCCAGAACCACAGGUGAGAGGAAUUGUUAGCCAGCUGCUAGCCAGGUUCGAACCUUAUGUAGUAAGAGGCUUACAAAUGUGAAGCUUUAACAAUCACACUUAAAUAAUCACACUUGUGCCCACAGUUAGCUAUAACUGAGGUCAGGUGCUUAUCUGCUGUUAAUAUUCUGUAUUGCUCAAUACUUCCCGUUAAAUUUCCACCGUUGUGACUCAUUCAGGUCUCCACCCUACUUUCAUUAUUACGGGCUUUUGAUGCUCAGCUCUGUAAUCAAGAAUAGCUGCUGUUAAGGUGAUGAUACAUAAUUGAUGGUCGCGAAAUAUGCUUUUUAUACAAGGUUUGCAGGUGUAUAGUCGUCUUCCUUCUGCGUCCCCACCCCGGCUUCCUUGUCCAAUGUGGGUUAGAUCUCCUGCACACAACGUAGUGCCAUAUCCCGUUUCCUCAAUUUGACUGGGAAUGGUGUUCUGUCGAAUGUUGCUACCCAUAGUGACUCUUGACAAAUUUGCGCAUGCGCAGAGACCGUGUUCCGAGCACGACGGAGAUUACUGCUCCCUUAAAUUUUGUGUGAUACUAUUGAAAUCUUACAUUAUGUUUUUUUUUUUUCGUUAAGUGCCCAAAUAUGCUUCUCUUUUUCUAACAGGACAAGCAGAGAGUAAUGUAAUAUGGUGUAAUAUGUGUUUAAUGUGGAGUGAUUCUAUCCCAGGCCCACUAUUUGACGACGCUGAAGUCAGCAUCUUAUUCGUAGCGUACAAAUUGCCCGUUUAGAGGAAACGGUCUUGAUCCUAACCGCUGUACAAGGAGUUGUUAUAUUUGGAUCAGAUAAUCAGAAAAAGUCUCUAGUGUCUUAAAUUUCUGGUUUCAGCAAAUACAUGCUGCGUUUAUUUAUUAAUUAAUCUUUUACCUUGUGAAAAUGCAACGAGGGGUAAUGCCACAGUUCACUUUUUUUGUCUAGUCCCCAUUGAGACCAGGCUCUGAUCCAGAGACACCAUAUCUACAGUUUUUCUUUAAGUGUCUGAAGUUUUACUUGAGUUAUUCGGGCCAGGUCCGGGAAGCUUAGGUUAUAAUGUAGCACUUGAGCUGGUUCAAAGUGGUCUUGUGGUGAAAACAAAGGCAGGUGAAAUGGCCCCUUCUUGCACGUUGGCAAACAGAACCAAGGUUCUCCAGAUACAAAAACUGUGAUCUCAAGUGAUGGUCACAACUUUAGAAUGAUCCAGCUGAGAUAUAGAGGUCUCUGUAUUUCAGUUUUAAUUCUGAACCUGAUCUGAUGUGGUCUGGAGGUUGAAAACACACAAAACCAUAGAUUUUCGUGUCAACAAAUGGAACAAGGGAUUAAAAAAACGGACGCAAUAUAUGGAGAGACUGUAGCCACCCAAGAAUAAUGCAGUACAGAUCUAAGAAGUCUGGGUGUUUUGUCUUUUCUGGAUCAGCACCUGGUCUACUGUGGUUUAGCAGUGAGGGAAAAAAACAGUGACUUCGUCCAUUUUUGUGUCGUUAUUAAUUGAAUAAAGGGUUCUACAACUUAUGAUUAUGUUUUAAGAAAGCCACAGAAUCUCUUACACGAUUAAGCCCCCAUCUGACAAGUUUGGGUAUUGUGGCUCUGGAUAAAGACUUUCCUCUAUCGUCAGAUUGGAAGUGACGAAUAUGAAUCCAACUUCGGCGUCAGUAAUCGAGAUACUCUUCUCUUAAAAUGCGAAGAGAAGGCUUUGUGAUAGAGAUUUCAAACACGCUCCCUAUACUUGGACUAUGUAAAUGGAGUUAUUACUGGUGUAAAGUCAUUUUUGACUAGGCAGCACAUCUUUACAGAGCAUCGGUUGUUUCGCUUCCUGACAAUCAAACCCCAGGAGCCACUGCAGCAUUAUAGAGCCCUCCGAUAUACACAUUAAACCCAGAAAUGAUGGUGAUCAUGUUAAGAUAGCUCAUUUAAACAAUCACAUGAGCAUACUGUUCCCUUAACUGUGGGAUUUUUGAUCGGAGUUCGUACUGUCGUUCCGUAUGCUUUGGGUAGAGAACGGCACACCUUUGCCGGCUGUUUAAUGUCAACUGAGCUGUCAAACCUAGCGCUGCUGGGCCGUGACUGAAUCAAUUAGGGCUUGCGUGUAACCUGCCUCCGCUCUAUCCAUGAAGCAUUUAAUCCAUGCAUUUCAGACGCCCUCCCCUUCGAGCCAUUUUAUUUUUUAUUUUUUUGCAACGCCACAUUUCAUUCAGAACUGGAGGCACAUAAUCUGGAAAUUAGGUCGGUGACAUUAAUAGAGAAAUAAUUUGCCGAUUUGGUGCAUGUAUCGAGGCUCCUGCCGCUGCCGUGACUGCAGCGGCCCAUACACACCCAGACUCCGUGCUUGGAAGUGCUGGCAAUGCUGGAAACUCCUUUAGAUGUAAGACGGUGCCAUUGUGUCUGUCGGGUGUUUGUAACGUUUACAUUACUGGGUGUAUCUGAAGGUAGAGAUUCUGCGUGAAGGAGCAAGGAUGCAGGGUGCUUAAGAUCAGAUCCGAAUCAGGUUGAUUUCUGCUCUUGCUUUGAGAGAACACAGUGACUGCUUCCUAUUUCAGUGCAUUACAUUGAAAUGGUAAGAGAAUUAAAAGCACUAGGUUGUCAGGAACCCUCAUUAAACAGAAAACCAGAUUUAGUGAAAAAUAUGUUCUGAAAUGAAAAAAAUUUUGCUUUAUGAAUCACAAGAAAUUAAGUUACAAAUUAUUUUAAGUAAAUUAAGAGCAUGCUCAAAGGUGAACCAUCACACUCUCCUCUUCUAUCUAUAUUUUUCGUGAAUUUUCAGGGUGUAAGUGACCCAAUUUAUGUCUUUAGUACCAGAGAAAUUAGUGCUUCAGUAUUGCUGUGGGAUGCCCCCCCAACUUCUACUGCCUUUUACCCCCGUAACUUUCUUUCCUUAAAAGGGUAGUAAAGUUAUGAGAAUAAAGAAAAUAACUUACAGAAUGAGCAACAGUAAAAGAAGUUGGACGUAUUCACACGCCCUAAGAGACAUGAGACUCUUUGGGGGAGCAUUAUCUGUUACAAAUCCCUCACUGCAAUUCUGCAACAGCCCCUGACCAAAGUUCUGCCAUCACUAUGUCUUUGCCCCCACCAGUGCUCUCUGAAACCACAUAAUAGAAGAUUCUCUAGUGGUUUAUUGAGGGCAAAUGGAAGUUUUAUAUAAAAAUCAAAGCUAAAUUUAAGCUAAUUUGCUCUGGGAUAGUCCAUGAGUGGGAAACACUGGGGGGGUAUCUGAAGGUGCAACAUCUCCACCUGCUGUUGCCACGUUAUACCCCUCUACUCAGCAACAGACCUGAGAGACAAAAUGAUGGACCAGUAAGAGAUUUUACACAAAGAAACAAAGAUGAGAAAUGGGCACGAUUAAUCAAUGAUUGAUUAAUUGGUCGAUAAGAAUUAUGUCGAUCACACAACAUUUCGAUUGAUUUAACGUUAUUAAAAAGGGCUGACAGCGUGCGUCCAGCUGCUUUCUGGCAAAGACCAACCUCUGCUGAUCAGGAGGAAUACCAUCUUUGUCCAGUCAGUGUGUGUGUGUGUGUGUGUGUGUGUGUGUGUGUUGAAGCAAUACAGUGACUAUCACAGUGCAGAAGGAUUUUGACAUUUUACUAGGGAAGUAUUAAAAUGUCAGCGGGCUUCCGUACAAGUCAAGAAACAAACAUCAAGAAAGUGUGGUGUGGGACUAUUUCGAGCGGGAAAAUGAUGAGGUUUGCUGCAAGCACUGCGACGCUGUGUUCAAGAAAACACGACAACCACCCCAGUGAUGUACCACUGAAACUAGGGCUGCAACGAUUAGUCGACGUAAUCGAUUACGUCGACCUGACAAAUUCAUCGACACGAAAACGAAGCGUCGACGCGUCGUGUUAUUGUUGUUAAGAAUCAAAUGCCGGCGCCUCAUGCUCAUCUAUAACUGCAGUGCACUACAGGAUGCGCUGGGGGCAGUAGCGCUCGCUGUUUACAUCCCGCGAGCAAACACAGAAGAAGAGAGCACACAUGGCAGAACAAACUGAAGAAGACGCUCCAAAACUCCGACCCAAAACUUCAAAAGUUUGGGAACAUUUUACGGAGAACAAACCAAAAAAACACGUUGAUCAAAGCUCAGCUUUCCUACCAUGGCAGCACCACUGCGAUGCAUGAGCACCUGAAACGCCGACACCCCGGAAAUAGGUGUUUAUAAAUAAAGAAGAUAGUGAUUAAUCGGACGACCAGUCGGACGACUAGUCGACAAAAAUAAUCGUUAGUUGCAGCACUAACUGAAACCAAAUAUUUCAAUUAAGAAAACAUGUUUUUGGCAUAUUUUCUGCCAUUCACAUAAAAAAAGAUUAAAUCGAUGAUUGAUCAUUAAUUUAUAUGAUUAAUCGAUCGAGGGACAUUCUUAAAAUGCCCAUUCCUAGCAGCUGUCACAAAGGGAAGUAGCCGCCCAUUUAUUUAAGAUGGUCCCACUCAGAACAGAAAAAAGUUAACACAAAAUGCAUAGAUGAUCUUAUUGAUUUAAAAGGUUUUAUGUUUACAGCUAUGAAAUUAUUCUCUCAAGACCAGCCUGAGAUGGACAGAAAUGUUUUUACCACAGUGUCAACAGGCAGAGGUGAUGUAUGCUGGACUCCUUUCCAUAGGUCGAGUUCCUAUGAUGUGUGUGAUCAGGGGCCUGUUGCACUAGCUCUUUGUAAGUCGUGUCUUCAUUAGGAGUGUAAAUUCCACACCCGUACACUGAAACUAGUUAAAAGGUAACCGUAGUUGUAUCAUUGUUUGGUCCUUAUGGUGUGACCGAAGUACGUGCACAAAACAACAAGUCAUACUCUCUACUCUUUGUCCUCCUUAAAGUAAUCCCAUCUAUAAAGAAGAUGUGCCAUGACAACUGGCAUUUAUAAAAGACAAUAUACCUGCUUAGAGCUGUGUAGGUCUAAGGUUGAGGUUAUAACUUAGGCUUAUGCUUAUCAACUGGCUAGUGGACAGGGAUCUGCUUCAAUAAAUGAUGCCUAGGUUUUCUCAGCAUGCCAAAGCAGAUUUGUCUGUUUACCCUUCAGGAGUCUUUUGCCAGAAUCAGGCGUCAUGCUAGUCAUGCUAGUCAUGAUCAGCAGCUCCAUCAUAGACAUGGCUCACUGUGGUAGCCUGCCAAGCUGAUAUUGUGUAAUGAAGAAGUAAUAUCCUUUAUGGCAGGGUGUAAUUAAUGAGCAGUCUUUACACAUGUUCCUAACAUGUGGACAUUGGAGGUACAAAUUCAAGUUUUGAUAUUGACAGUGUACAGUGUUUUUGAAGAACCUUUGGUAAGACAAGGUUUCUGUUUCAGCCAUGAUACAAUGUGAGUCAAGAACAAGAAAUGACUCCUCCUUUUCGGGGUGGCACGCUCAAGAUGGGUUUUUUUCUGCCAUCACCGAAUAGCAAACAUUCAGCAAUUACUUCAGUUUAAUUCGUCAGUGUGAGCAUCUCGAAAUGAGCUCAGUUUUGUCAUAAAUACUGCACUUUAACUUGUGAAGGCUGCACCAGACAUUUGCAUGCACACUAAAAUUAAAAAGUAAUAUCAUUUUGAUGUCCUGAAAACGACCUUUAAAGACAUGUAUGCUGAGCAGAUACCCUUCUGAUUUUAGCUUUAUAACAUCAGACAUUUAUGGAGCACAUGAAGGAUAUUCACAGUGUUUUGUCAUUGCAGUUAGUCACAGCUAUCUCAGAAUGUAUACCUGCACGAAGAAGAAUAUCAGAGUGAGACUAUUUUGCUAAAUGGGGAUGUCUUUUCAGAUACAGUACUGAAACCUGAAUGAUUAGAGUGUGUAAAUGAAGUCAUGGUAAUUUCAUUGUGAGGUUGUUGACUCCCACAGGAAGUCUGAAUGUGUCAAGCAAAUUUUUUUCUGGGAGCCAGGAGACUUUCAGUUUUGUUAAAUCUGUUUUUGUUAAUUCCAUUAUCUCCAGCUUUGGCAGUGACCCUUGUGUUCCCUUAGUGCAGUUAAAGGUCACUAGUAAAAUGCUCAGACCGAUCUUUGAAGAGCUUAUUUCCCUUUAGGAUGCGCACAAAUAUGCACAGAAAGACAGAGAAGUUAGAGAAUCAGUUGAUAUUGAAUAAAACUGAAAUUGUAAUUAUGUUGUUUACACCGAUAACAGAGACACAGCCCUGUUAAGGAAAGCUGCAAAUUUUUACCCACAGCCACACUGGACACAUUUCAAUGAGUUUGUCUCUUGUAGGCUGUAUUGGGACAGAGGAAAAAGUGCCUAGAAAGUGAGUCUCGUUCCACUUCAGUGAGGCAACAUAAACUGUGAUUCAUAAAAUAGCUCUUUGGUCAGUAAAUACUAAAAAAAAAAAAAAAUCUACUCAUGCCAUCCGGUCGAUUUUUAGUAAUCAGUGUUUCGGUGUCGAACUAUUUCCUUUCUGCGGCGUAGUGAUACUUGCACACGCGCAAUUGAAUAUGCAGAGGGGUGAAGUGAUUUUUGUCACGUGGACCAAUAGGAGCUGAGUCUCGUUGCCAUAGUAUCAGAAAUACACAAACAUGGCAACGAGUGCAUCUAGCAGCGAGAUAAGGGAAGAGGAAGAAAAGAAAAGGAAAAAAAGAAAACAGCCUUCAAGAGUGCAUAAAAAAGGAACGAAACAAUGCUAUAUGUACCUAUCAUCUGUCCAGAGUGAAGACGUUCUCGACUUUACAAGGACACGUUGGGAAACUUACAGAACUAGUAUUAGAAAGUGGCUUUCUCUACAGGGUGAGACAAAGGACCAGCCAGAAAUGUACAUAUAUGUGAGUAACACAAAAAACAAUAUAUGAUGCUGCUGUUUUUGCUUGUAGAAACUGCUAUGUUGAUUCUGCCAAGACAAAAUCUUUCUCAAAUGUCAUAAAUACAUCUACCUAACAUCUGAAACAGUUAUUGGUGCCUUAUUAAACGCAAAAGUGAAUUCAUAUUAUGAAAUGUAGCAAAUUUCUUGAAGAAAACGUCUCAACUCAAGUGAUGUGCACCCAGCACAAUGAAAUAUAUACAGUAAAUUUAGCUAAAAGCUUAUGUUUCAUACAUAAAAAUGACACAAGCUACUGUGUAAUAAAAGCAAUAAAAUAUAAACAGCACAUCAUGGCCAUAAAUGGCUGAAAGUCAACCAAAUUGCUACCACGCCCCCCAAAAUUGGAAUAAUGGAAAAAAUGUAACAAGACAAAAAUAAAUGCACAAAAGGUCUGAAUUAAUUCAAAAUAUGGUAUAAAACAUUUAUUCAAGUAUCACAGUGUUAAAACAUCUGACAUUUAUCAAUCUCUCCAGAAAAUGGAAAUAAAGAUCAAAACACAAAGGCAGACAAAUGUAGAACAAAUAUAAAAAUAAUAAAAAUCUCAAAUCUUGGUGUAGCAAUCCUUUAAACAAAACAAAUUGUACAUGGUGACAUGGUGCGUAUAUUAUGCAUCACUAUCACUUUCAUCAGAGUCAUCAUCCCAUACAGCUCUUUCUUCUGUUUCCUUUAAAGCAUUCUCACAUGCUUGGCACCGACAUAAAUCUGGGCAAGAUAGACACUGUGAUACUUGAACAAAUGUUUUAUACCAUAUUUUGAAUUAAUUCAGACCUUUUGUGCAUUUAAUUUUGUCCUGUUACAUUUUUUCCAUUAUUCCAAUUUUGGGGGGCGUGGUAGCAAUUUGAUUGACUUUUAGCCAUUUAUGGCCAUGAUGUGCUGUUUAUAUUUUAUUGCUUUUAUUACACAGUAGGUUGUGUCAUUUUUAUGUAUGAAACAUAAGCUUUUAGCUAAAUUUUCUGUAUUUAUUUCAUUGUGCUGGGUGCAAAUCACUUGAGUUGAGACGUUUUCUUCAAGAAAUUUGCUACAUUUCAUAAUCUGAAUUCACUUAUGCGUAUACUAAGGCACCAAUAACUGUAGAUGUAUUUAUGACAUUUGAGAAAGAUUUUGUCUUGGCAGAAUCAACAUAGCAGUUUCUACAAGCAAAAACAGCAGCACCAUAUAAUUGUUUUUUGUGUUCUCACAUAUAUGUACAUUUCUGGCUGGUCCUUUGUCUCACCCUGUAGAGAAAGCCACUUUCUAAUACUAGUUCUGUAAGUUUCCCAACGUGUCCUUGUAAAGUCGAGAACGUCUUCACUCUGGACAGAUGAUAGGAGCUAGGCCUGUCGCGAUAAUCAAUAAAUUGCCUUAUCGCUCGAUAAAUAAAAACGAGGUCGGUCAUUUUGCCAGCCUCGAUAAUUGACGUGCGUUUGUUUUCCUCCUCUCUCGCUACCAAACACGGUGGAUGAGAGAAGAGGUCUCACUCUGCGCAUUUUUCUCGGCACCUGGGGGCGUUGGCUCUAUAGCGGAAUGAACGGAGUUAGUGAACCCUCCUGUCAGUCAUUCAAUGUCUUUGUUACGAUGGGGCGCGCGCGCAGGUACACGUAGGCGCGCACAGGCACACAGACACAGACUUUUGGAUACAGUGCUGCAAGUGAGCGUCGUGAGUGAGAAGCAAGCAAACAGAAUGAACACGACAGCUUUGGUGUCUAAACCGAAUGCAACAGCCCAAGUGUGGGAAUAUUUCGGCUUUAAACCAGUUUUGUUUUCGUCAGCCACAAAACUCCACGUGUGUGCGCGCGCGUGUGUGUCUGUGUGUUGGAGGAGCACAGCAGGCUGAUGAGAGCUGUCAGAGCGGACUUAAGCUGCUCCUGUAUGUUUAGCGUUUAACUGACUGAGUUUUGCAACUCUGUUCGUCAUUUUCGUGUCGUCCCAUCAACGUAAACGCACUUUCGUCUCGUCACAUUUUAGUCAUCUCCGACUUAUGUUUAGCUCGUCAACGUUACGUCUUCGUCGUGGGUGAAAUUAAAGUUUAUCACUUUUGACACGGUGUACUCGCAUUAUUAUGCCAUUUCAUAUCAUUAUCUAUAAUUUAAAAAACGGUGUCAAUAAUAUCGUUUAUCGGCGAUCAUUUGCAGCACAAUUAUCGUCCAGCAAAAUUUGUUAUCGUGACAGGCCUAAUAGGAGCAUAUAGCAUUGUUUCGUUCCUUUUUUAUGCACUUUUGAAGGCUGUUUUCUUUUUUUCUUUUCUUUUCUUCCUCUUCGCUUGUCUCACUGCUAGAUGCGCUCGUCGCCAUGUUUGUGUAUUUCUGAUACUAUGGCAACGAGACUUGGCUCCUAUUGGUCCACAUGACAAAAAUCGCUUCACCCCUCUGCAUAUUUGAUUGCGCUUGUGCAAGUAUCACUACGCCGCAGAAAGGAAAUAGUUCGACACCGAAACACUGAUUACUAAAAAUCGACCGGAUGGCAUGAGUAGAUAUAUUUUUUUAGUACUUACUAACAAUAGAGCUAUUUUAUGAAUCACAGUUUAUGUUGCCCCACUGAAGUGGUAACGAACUAACACGAUCUCGCUCAGCCAAUACAGCCUAUUGGGUGUAGGGCUGCACGAUUUUGGCUAAAAAUAAAAUUCCAAUUUAAUCACUGAAAACUUGAUUUUAGAUUUCAAUUUAGAUUUUUAAUUCAGUGACAACUUCACUUGGAAUUUUUUAAAAUUAUUUUUAACUUUUAUCAUCUCUCAAAUCACAAAGACUGAAAACAAUGUAGUGCAUAUGCCAAGCCAGUAAGUGGCGCUUUAACGCUGCACAGUGAAUGCACAAGAGACAGAAGAAGAGUACAGAAUGUGUGUUAUGGUUGUUUUGGCUGGACAUAAGCAAGCACCAUAAAAUAUUUACACUGUGUGUCGCAUAGUUGUUUCCAGAGAUGAAGAUAGACAUCCACACGGAGAUAAAAUGGUAGUCGUUUACAGAUUUAUGCACUCUCUGCCCAGUUUUCAAAAAAGACUGUUGACAGUCACCCGAAAUGCUGUUUCCGUGUGGAUGAAACGCCGAUGGGACAAAAAACUUUUUUGUUUACUCCUGAAUUCGUUUCUGUGUGGACGGGUUGAUACCCUCAGACAGACUUUGCAGCAGGGAGUGGUUUGCUCUUGUCCGAAACUGCGAAGCCAAUUCAACACGGCUGACUUGCUCUCACCCUAUUUAGCCACGGAAUAAUUGCCUUCUUUUGCAAACACCAUGUUUGUUUACACUGGUGUGUGUGGGAACUGGGGAGUGCUCCCAUAGGAAGAGGGAGCCUACGGCGGCCUAGAGGCAUGAAAAAUGAUAGAGGAAAAUCGAUGUGAUGAUUUAAAUUUUCUUAACAUCGUCAUAAUCAAAUAAUCAGAUUACGAUUUAAAAUUGGUUAAUUUUGCAGCUCUACUCGAAUUAAGAGAAAACUGCUGUCAGAGAUUUUCUUUAUUUACUUUGAUUUGGAGAGUGUGAACAGGUCAACAUCCCUUUAAACAUCAAUACAGAUUGUGUCAAAGGGAGGAGACGGGGUAGGGCAGUUGAUGCUGAAGAACAGGGCAGCAGUAAUAGAUGAAGUGUGUUAAGACAGGCCAUCAAUCAUGCCAGGUGCACUCAUCUGCUUAUUGAUUGAAAGGUUGAAGCACUUGGUCCAUAAAGUAAACAGCAGAAUACAGGUUGUGAGUCUCUCUGCCUGUCUGAGUCUGUGACAGGGGGCAGAGAGGCACCACCCAUGCAUCUUUUCACAAACACUCCCCCGCCCCCUUCCUUCUGAAUAAACAGCAUGUCAAAACGGCUAAUAGAGGCACCAGCUACAUCUGCAGAAAAAACUUUGAAACUCGUCUUGUCUGUCUCCAAAGUACAGAACUGAGCGAUAUCCAAAUGACUUUUGUGUCUGGUGACAAAUUCUGUCAACAUACCAUCGUCUGAAAAGGCAAUAUUACAUGUGACAAACCACUUGUCGUCUAAAAUCGACGUAAAAAACAAUGAAAAACUCUUUGACUCAACCAUUUAAAACUGAUUAAACUUUGUACUUAAAGCACUUUUUGGUACAUUGUUAUGUUACAACAUUAUGUUUUGACUUGAGAUACUGGGCAAUGAUGUAUUACAGCUAUGAAUCUAGGAAUAUUUGUAUAUAAAUAUUUAAUUUUAUUUACUGACACCACAAGCAUACAGCCUAUGGUAGUACAUUAGUGUAAAAGGUAGAAAAGGGAUUUCUAAAAAAUUAAAACAGAAAAAAACAAAUUUUGGGGAAGAAAAAACAGAUUUCAUAGGGCCCUUUUAUAAUGUUCUAAUACCUGAAUAUAAACAAGCCCUGAUGACAGGUGGCACCUUGUGGCAAGGUGCAGUUGUGAGGUACUUUUAUCUUGAAAAUAGAGAAAAAGUUAUGUGCAGACUGCCUCUGGUUAAUCUGACUUACAAAUACUCGACCAAAGCGACGUGUAACCAGCACAAGCAUGUGGACAUCACCCUGCAAGAAAGACUCUGCUCUUCUUGUUUUGAAGCUUAGAGAUGAUGGUUGUAGCCUAAAAUGGUGAUUGACACGGUAUGAAAACCUUCAAUAUUUUAUGGAAACUUAAGCGUUAUCAUCGUACUGUGAAGAGAUUUGUGGCUGAUUCAGAGCACAAGUGGGUUUGUGCAGAUGAAGGCACAAUCAGAAAGGUUUCUCCCAGACAAAUACAUCAGAUUAAGAGAACAGCUGCUAAAAUACCAUUACAAAGCAGCAAACAGAUAUUUGAAGCUGCUGAUGCCACUUGAGUCCCAUGAACUUAAAGGUGUAGGAUCCUCUAGAGAUUUGCAGUUGUGCAUAAACCUUCUAUUCGGCCACCCCUAAACAAUGCUCACAAGCAGAAAUGGUUGCAGUGGGUCCAGAAAUACAUGAAGACAAAUUUUCAAACAGUCUUAUUCACUGAUGAGUGCCGUGCAACCCUUGAUGGUCCAGAUGGAUGGAGUGGUGGAUGGCCACUAUGUCCCAACAAGGUUGCAACGUCAGCAAGGAGGUGGUGGAGUCAUGUUUUGGGCUGGAAUCAUGGGGAGAGCUGGUUGGCCCUUUUAGAGUCCCUGGAGAUGUGAAACGGACCUCUGAAUAGUAUGUGGAGUUUCUGACUGACUACUUUCUUCCAUGGUACAAAAAGAAGAAACGUGUUCUCCGUAACGAAUCAUCUUCAUGCAUGACAAUGCACCAUGUGAUGCUGCUAGGAAUACCUUUGCAGCUAUGGGCAUAAAAGGAGAGAAACUCAUGAUGUGGCCCCCAUCCUCUCCUGACCUCAACCCUAUUGAGAACCCGUGGAGCAUCCUGAAGCAAAAGAUCUAUGAGGGUGGGAGGCAGUUCACAUCCAAACAAGCAGCUCUGGGAGGCUAUUCUGACAUCCUGCAAACAUAUCCGAGCAGAAACUCUCCAAAAACUCACAAGUUCGAUGGAUGCAAGAAUUUUGAAGCUGCUAUCAAAUAGGGGGUCCUAUGUUAAAAUGUAACUUGACCUGUUAGGAUGUUUUUAAUCGAAAUAGCUUUUGAUUUCAGAAAAUAUGACCUCCUAAUGCUGCAAAUUCAACUAAUGACCAUUCUCAGUUCUUUAAGACCUAUAGAGGUUUUACACACUGAAAUUAGAUGGGAUUGAAUUUCUAAUGGGAUUGAAUACUUUGAUUAACUGUAGUACUGGCCAACCCUGAGUUUUAAGGAGUACAAGAAGUCACAGCUGGAGAAAAACAUCAGUUUUGAUGACACACUUUGCCCAAACUUCAGAAAGGUCCACCAACUUUUUUUUCGUCCUAACAAUGGUUUAUUCUUCCAGACUUUUGGGCUGUUCAAAAAGUAGCAGUUCUGCUGGUGCUGCUGACCCUGUCAGAUGUACUGAGCCUGUAGUUUUUAAGCCCAAAUUCUCUUUUUGGUUUUGGGCCGAUCUUUCGACAAAAUUCAUCAGCAGCAGCACACUUUAAAAAGACACAAAUCUUGAGCCUUUCAGCCAUUUUUCUUCAUUUUAAAGGAACUCAAUUUGGGCUAGGGACAAGUUCUGGUCUGUCUGGUAAAUUCCUGCUGUUAAAAUACCCCAAAAUAUUUGUGUUCAGGUCUCUCAGCAGUAAGCAGUAAGCCAACACUGUUAACAAGAGUUAAGGAAGUCCAAAUUUCCCCUAUAAUUGUUAUCAAGCACCGGUGAUUGUGAGGGUUUGUGCAAGGCUCCAACUCUCAGUCUGCCGUGUACAGCAACAGCUCUGAAACAGGAAAAUGCAGACCAAUGCAAUGCAUGAAAAAAAUCAGAUAUUCUUGACCUCCUGACUGUGUGGGAUAACUCACUGGAAAUAAAUGUAAAGGAGUAUGUGCUUUUUGACCAACAUUUCUUUGCUUUGAUUGCUUUUCAGGUGCAGACCUUGGCUCAUCCAGAACAAGUUGAAGAAAUAUACGAGCUCAAGGUUAGCCCAUCAGGCUUCUGAUUGCCACUGGGUGAGGAAAAUUCCUCAAAGCCUGGAAAACCUCUGGAAAACUCUGGCCUUAGAAGUCUUGGUCUCCAUCAUAAAAACACUGAAGUUGAAAACAUUUUCUUGAGGUUAUCAUUCCUCCCGAGAGUCCGAAUCCUACGAGAGAUUGUUUUGAGAGGCGUUAUCCAAGUCUCAGUGCUGUCCAUUGGGGAAGGAAGCCAAGGGAAGGCCAGGAGUUAUGUAACAGUGCACUAGUACAGCAAAACAAGGGCGCAUGUGGAGAAGAAAUAAGAUACUCUGUGCUGCGAUGACUGUAGGACCAUUAUCUACUCACAAGGAUCAACAUUGAAAUCAUAGCUCUGUCUCUCUGAAGAUAUUUGACUUACAUGGAGACUAAUGGAUGUUCUCCUGGGUUUCCCCUCACAUGCUCCGGAAAGAAGCCAUCCAUCUCUCUGUGCUUUUUGUUCGCCAAUCACAUCCCAGGUACAGCAGGCAGGUGAGCUGGUCUGAAUCAGCCAACGACGGGGUUUAGGGAUGCCCCGUCACAGGAAAACCAGGCUGCUUCACUGGCCCGCUUACAGACUCCUGUUUCUAAUACGAGUUCUGGACUGAAACUGGAAGUAGACUGCUUCUUUCUUUGAAAGAAAACAGGAGAGACGGGGUUGUCUUUUUUUAUUUUUAAGACUUUUUCUCACACUGUUUAUCUCUUGGACUUGCAAAUUUCCAGAUGUUUCACAAGCACCUUUAUCUGUGGGAAAAAAAGGGAGCCAAGUCGAAUCAUCCUUCUUUCUUUGAUCUUUGUUUCACCUUUUCAGAGUUGCUUUAAAAGGAUCUACCUCUGUUAACUCUUGUACCUCGAUAAACUCCCAAUAUACAGCAAAUCAUGAAAUCAUGACAAACCGAUCAGGCCAAGGUUCAGUAGUCCAUCUGUCUACCAGAUUUGGACUGUCACACAACUAAACCACUUUAGGAUCAAGUUAUUCUUUUGUAAACGGGGUAUCAACGUCAGUCACCUUUUUUUUUUUUUUUUUUUUUUUUUCACUGAGCCUUUUGUUGAUCACAAACAAAGUGUGUUUCUCAGCCCCGUAAAGAUGAGAAAAAUGUUGAUAUUUUCUUUUAUAUUCUAUUGUUGAAACUAUAGGUUUCAGUCUGUAUUUAGCUGCAAGUCCUAAAAAGAUUGCCCAGACACCUCCUCCUUACAUCAGUGACUUAUUUGUUCAUCCUGCCUUCCUGCUUGUUUUUCUGGCUGACAGAAAAAAACAACAAGGCCUUUGCUGCAGAGCGACCUGUAAGCUUCUUCUUAAUCUCCAAAGCACACCCUCAGAAGAUCAGGAUUGACCUAAGAACAUAAGAUAACAGGCUUCUCCACCCAUCUCAGUGUUGUGUUUCUCUUAUUCACUUAAAGACCAAGACGGAAGCAAUCAUCAACCAUCUUUGAAAGUUUUUGCUGCCCCAUCAUUUCCACCCCAAACUCACUCAGAGCAACUCCAGAAACGAACUCUGAAUUAGAUACCCUUUGGGAUAGCAGUUGCUCAGCAGGCACACACACUGCCACACACAGGAAGUGAUGCCAGGUGGCAGCAGUAAGAGUGGAGGACGGGGUCCAUCCUCCUCUCCCCUCCCCCACACUGUCGUCCCACCCAGCAGACCCCUGCGACCCUCCCGCUACGUCCCAGUGUCAGCCGCAACUUUCUUCCUUGUUGGCUCCACUACUCUCUUCUUCUGUUUCACGUGAGUUUCUGACAUGCCGACACAAAAAAAAAACCCUGACCUCCUCAAAAAUCAAGCAAACAUAUUAUUAUGAAUAAUAGAGACCGGAGCAUUGACUGUCUUUACUCAAGUUGUGAUGAUAUGACUGAUUUUCUUUGCUGAAGGGUGUAGAUUUCUACACCAUUAUGUAGCUGCAGCAGAGUCUUCCUGCUAUGUUUUGCCUCUAUGAUAGUAAAUAAUGACACCACUGUUCUUCUAAUUGGCACAUUUCAUUUUCCUGUUUAUAGCCUGGUUCCAUACAUGGUUUUGGUCUGACCAGCUAACGUUUCAUCCAUACACUGUGUCAUGGCUUUAUGUCUUCAAAACGCGUAAAAUAUUUUGAAUAUAUCAAUGUUAGGAGUUUGGAAAAUUAGUGGCUCGAUAGGCGGGGACGCUGUAGCUACUGCUGUACGGAGGAGACUAAAGACUUUCCUCAACUCUACCUCUGUCUCUUGGAGGUGGACCUAAUGUGAGUUUGAGUCAACUUUUUUGUUAUGCCAUCUGCUGUCAAUAAGCUUGAAAAAAAACUGUGGGUGGUAUCACCAAGGCUAUGUCCAUGUUUUGUACUGCCUGUGAUCAAGGCACUUAGAGAAGGGCUUCUCUGCAUUGAUAUGGACUUUAGAUCUGUAGGUAAUGUAAAUUAUCCUAAUUCAAAUAACUCUAAUAAUGUGAUUAAUCUUACUUGGAAAAUUGUUCUCUUUGCACAGUUUUGCAUAGUUUUGUUGGAGUUGGUUGUAUUUAAUCAAACAUUUAACUCUGUCAACCAUCAAUCUGUUCUCAAUAAUAUGAACUUUGGGAAGCGGAAAUCCACUAAUGCUUUUCAAAGUUGAUAUUAAAGUUAAACCCUACUUUCUCUAUGAAUGUCCACAGCAAGACACAAACCAGGCACAUCACAGUUCCAUUACAACAGAGCCUACCCACAGGAUCAUGUCACCUUUUAAGGAGCAGAUAUGUCUUGAAACAACUGUAACCAAGCCAUGCUUGUCCUUACGUUGUUGAAUAGUUGUGUUUCUUGUAAGAAAUGGGGAUUGAGGUGGACUUGCAGUCUGAGAGUUAGAGCUCCAAUGUUGAAAUAAAAAAUUAAAAAAAAAAAAAAAAAAAAAAAAAGGAACUGAACUGAAUUUACUUAUGAACAGACUUUCUAGGCCUUCAGCCCCCCUGAGAGUCUCUGACUGAAUGCUAAGUCAAUAGUGUUAUAGGCUGUCAUCUCUAAUCUUGCUGACACCUCAUGCUAGAGUGUGUGUGCCUGUAAGUGUGUGAGAGAUAAAGAAAAAAUAGAGUGUGUGAUGUCACUGAGGAAAAACAUGCACAAGGGUUAUUUUGAGGAAGUUGCAUUGACAGGUGUGCAUGUGCUGAACAGGGUGUGUGUAAUUGCAAGUGGUAAUGUUUGAAAGUAUAAUCUGUGUGUGUGUGUGUGUGUGGGGGGGGGGGGGUCAGCUCUGUGCUUCAGAUUAGUGUGGAGAAAAUAGGCCAACAUCUGUCACACUGACAAAAGCCCAUUAUCCAGCCUCUCACUAUUGGUUCUCCCUGAGUUGGUUCAUCGCCGCCACUCUCACACUCCCUCUACUCACAACAAAGAAACCAACAUGGAUGCCAUGAAGAAGUAAUAUGCUUAAUCUUUAUACAAUAUCUUAAUAGGAUCAACAUAUCACCAAAAGCUAUUAAAAGGUAGUCAAGUAUCAUUUCAGUUCAAGGUCUGCAAGAUUGAUUCAGGACUAUGUCUGCCUCCACCAACCAAAACAAACAAACAAACACGUUCUGGUCUAAUCUUGUGACGGUAUUUUUGUUGACUGUUUAUAGACACGCAGACAAAAGUGUCCCACAUAGGAACAAGCAUAUUGGAAAAGAGAGCUGUUAAGGAUGAAAAUUAGAUAUGGUUUUGAAAGACACAAUUGUUGUUGUUAAUAAUUGUAAAAACAGUGAAUACAAUCACAAGUCAGUUAUAUGUAGAAUUGACUUAAGAUGUAUGAAGCCGUUAAACCACAGUUCUUUUAAACCUUCAGUCAACUUCAUUCAUCAGGCAAAAGAAAGAACGACCCCUGAUUCUAAGAGAUAGUGGAUGCUGUGUGAAAUGUUGAUGAAAGAAAUGUGAUGGCUUUCAAAACCAAAUACUGCAAAAACAACACAGCACAUGAUGGAACUGUAAAACUGUACUCCUUUAUAUAAAAUGUCUGCUCAAUUUAAAGUUGAUGCCAACACUGUGUUUCAGAAAAGUUAGGACAGAGACGUGCUUACAUCAGCUCUUUAGACUGGUGGGCAGGCAUCCAUGAUUACCAUAAAGGCUGAGAAAUUCUGUUUUAUCGGCCCACAGGACAGUUUUCCUCUUACCCUCAGUCCACCUUAAAUGGUCUCAGUUCCAGAGAAGUCUCUGGUGUUUCUGGAAAUUUCUCUAUAUGAACUCCUCUUUGCAUGGUUCAGUGUUAACCUCGUCUGUGGAUGCAGUGAUGAACUGUGUUCAGAUAAUGGUUUUUGAAAUGACUUCAAGUCCAUGCAGUGAUUUCCACUCCAGAGUCCUGUCUGUUUUAACUGCAGUGCAGUCUGCAAGCCUGAAGAUCAGGACCAUCCAGUCUUGGUUUUGGUCCUCAUCUCUUAAGUACAGAGAGUUCUCCAGAUCCUCUGAAUCUUUGAAUGAUAUUAUGUUCUGUAGAUGAUAAAAUCCACUCAUUCUUUUACAUUCGACACUCAGGAACAUUAUUCUGAAACUGUUCAACGAAUGGCUCAUGCAGUCUUUCACAGAGUGGUGAACCUCUUCUCAUCUUUCCCUCUGAUAGACUCAGCCUCUCCGAAUGUCCUUUUUAUACCCGGUCAUGUAACCUAACCUGAAAUUCAACUCAUUAGUUGGAGAUGUUCCUGCAGCUGUUUUUCCUUUUUUUAAGCAUUGCACAACUUUUAAAUGUUUUGUCCACCCAAUUUUUUGUCAACAUUUGAUAAAUUUGGUUGUCCAACAGUAGACCACACAAUGCACUCUCAUUCUGCUCAGUAGUGUAGAUAAAAAAACCAAGUUAAAAAAAAACAUGUUUAUUGUUUCUGAGACACUGUUUAAAUGUCUGUUAUUUUCAACCCUGAAUUUGAUUACAAAUGAACAACACUUUGAUACAGUCUAGUUCUCUUUUUACCUCUUACUGACAUGCCUCAUCUUGUGUGAUUCUGUUUCAGGUGCCCUUGGCUCUCAGAGCGUUUCUCGGUUGCCGUGCCAAUCUACAAUGGGGUCAUCUUCCUAUUUGUUCUGGCUAACUUCUGUAUGGCCACUUUCAUGGACCCCGGUAUCUUCCCAAGAGGUGAGUCUGGAUUGGUGAAUUUACAGCAUGUGUGUGUCACUUUCUUUGCAUUUAUUAUAAAAGUCCAGGCUACAUUCUCAGGGUCUAAAUUUCAGUGACGGAUUGCAGGCAACCCACACAAAUGUUCAAGUCCUGCAAGUCUGCCACUUCUUAUGCUUUGAAAUCUUUCACAUAAUCGAUACACAUUUUUUACAGUCACCUCAGAUGACAGAGCAAAUCUUUGCGUUUUUUUUUUUUAAAGACAGACUGAUCGAAGAAGUCACAUUACUCCCUAUCAGCACUUUGGUUCGCUCCCUCUUCCAUGCACACAUUAGUGAACGUGUAGUGCAAUUCAAAAAGGGAAGCAACUGUACGCAUGAUGUAUAAUGAGUUAGGGUAAGCAACUCCAACUGACUUUCAGUUAUCAUUACUUUAGAAACUUUCCACCAUGGUGGUCACUUAAGACCAAAACAUUUGCAUAGGAACUUAUACUGACGUACCAGUCAAUCAGUCAGCCUGUUUAUGUCAUCAUCCACAAGUUGUCCUUCUAACCAAGUCUGAGAGAAAACAUGUUCUCUGUCCUUUGUUGACAUCUCUGCAGCGGAGGAGGAUGAAGACAAGGAGGAUGAUUUCCGUGCUCCACUGUACAAGACGGUGGAGAUCAGAGGGAUCCAGGUCAGGAUGAAGUGGUGUUCAACCUGCCGCUUCUACAGACCGCCGCGAUGCUCCCACUGCUCUGUCUGCGACAACUGUGUGGAGGUGAGCUCACCUCUCAUGUUGACAUACAAUCAACAUGAGACUGUUCUUCCCUGUUUUGUGGAACAGGGUGUUCUUGUGGUAAGAACUCGAGUUAGUAUUAAUGCUAGUUUAGUUUGGAGAUGUCAGACAAAUCGGCAUCAGCAGCAUGAGAGGGAAAUACAGCUUUGCUAGUUGACUUGCCAGCAAAGAAGUGAGUGUCAGUGCCGAUCAGAUUUAUUUGCAGUUUGUCUUGACUUAUACAUCCUUAAUGAACACAGCACCCAAGCUAAGGUGUAACCAGCAGCAGAAGACUUUAUAGUCAGCAACAUGUUUCUAUGAAUGUACACAGAGUGGAGCAGGAAACCUUCUAUCCUUGGAAGCCUUCUUCAAGGUUGCUACCAGGUUUAUAUAGCCUCACUCAUUAACAUGACAUCAGUCCAUCUAAAACAGGUUUCAGAGAUCUUCAGAUCUUUGUCUCUAAAGUGCAUGAGUCUUAAACUUGAUCUGGUUUAUUUAACUUUAAUGUGUUUUUUUAUUCUCUAUUGGUACUUUGUGCUGUUGUUCAUGACUGAGCGCUACAUGCUCCAGGCUCACUUGCGCUUUCUACCUGUCUGGCUACCACAUUAACCGUUGUGUUUUUUUCUCAUUCAUGAAACGCCCAAAUCAGGGACAAUUCUGGGGACUGUCCCCUGAAAUCUGCAUCGUCUGUUUACCCUACAGUUUCUUCUUGCUAGCAAGAAACUAAUGGUAGGUUGAGACUGAGAGGGCUCGUAGGAUUCAUUAACCUCAGUCGGAUGUACGUGGUUCCAGUGGUACAUCAUUGGGGUUGUUGUUGUGUUGUAAUUGCACACGGCAUCACAGUGUUUGCAGCAAACCUCAUAAUUUUUCCGCUCGAAAUAGUCCCACCCCACACUUUCUUCUUGUCUUUUUUUGACUUCUACAAAAGCCCGCUGAUGCCGCUGGAUCACUCCUCUUGAAAAAUGUCAAAAUCCUUCUGCACUGUGAUAGUCACUGCAUUGCUUCAACACACACACUGACUGGACAAAGAGGGUUUCCCUCCUGAUCAGCAGAGGUUGAUCUUUGCUGGAAAUCAGCUGGAGGAUGGACGCAUGCCGUCGGCCCUUUUUUAAUAACCUUAGAUCGAAUUUUGCGUAAUCAAAGUAAUUAGCUUAACAAUUAGCUAAUAUAUCAACGAUUAAUUGUGCCCAUUCCUUGUCUAAAGGUUUCGGGACAGACAGAAAAUCCUGCUCCCAGUUAAUUCUGUCUUUUAGGGCCAGAUUAGUUCAAACUCUAGCUGCAAUGUUUUGGUUCUACUGCGCUAACUACUACAUUCUCAUCUAAGUACAGUGAAUGGGUGGCAAUGGUUUGGAUCCCUUCAGAAAAGACUGGACGCUUGGCUACCAGCAAGAGAGUUAAGAGAGAAUAUUGAUUUAAAGAUGAUUUUAUUGAUUUAUUUAUACAGCAGGGGGUUCUCAUCAGCCCUUGCAGUACAAAAACCAUUAUACUGAAAUUUCAAUUCAUGGUCAAGUGAAACCAUUAGCCUGUUCAUUUGUUCACAUAAUCUAAACUGAGCAUGGCCACUGAAGGUAACAUGUGUUCAGCAAAAGAGGGGAGCUGCUGCAAUAGUAUCGCUCCUCAGGCUGUUUUCACAUUUGUCAGCCAGGUAAAAAGAGAUUUUCUAAAACAUCACAGAUUCUUUCCUACUUAGCACUACAACAACUAUGCCAUAAAUAAUCUUGCUUAGAGGCAAGAAAUAGUGCUCACUUAAAACAAUUCAAUCCUGUUGGUCCUCUCAACAGUUUUGGACCAAGUUGAUUACAUGUUGAAGUAAAAACAGGUCAGUUUGUGAGGCUCAGUGGAGAUCAUUGGUGGUUUUGGUUUGUUACAAUGUAACCCCUAGAUAAGUUAUUAGAGAUACCUCACUUCUCAGGAUGUGUAAGUUCAAGGUAAAUGUUCCACAGAGCAGGAUGUGAUGACCCUAACUGUAUUCACAUUUAUUUUUCAACCUUCAUUCUGCAGGACUUCGACCAUCACUGCCCAUGGGUCAACAACUGCAUCGGCAGGAGGAACUAUCGUUACUUCUUCCUCUUCCUCCUCUCUCUGACGGCUCACAUCAUGGCCGUGUUCGGCUUCGGCCUGCUCUUUAUCCUCUACCAUCGCCAGAGCAUUGACCGCCUGCAUGCCAUCGUCACGUAUCCUUCAGUGUGCCGUUGUGUUCGCUCCAUUUUCGAUUAGUGGCACGUUGUACUUACAGUGUUGCCUGAAGCUGUGAGCCCUACCUUUGCUUCAUUGGUUGCUAUAUGGUAGACUUCAUUCAGUGGAAGCAGGAAAGUUUAAUUAAAAGUUUGAAUAGACAACAAAGUUAUUUAAUGACAGCGAGGCAGUUUGUGUUUACAGUGUAAUUUUGUAGUAUACUUGUCCUCUAACUUAUAGAACAACCACUUGCAUUCAUUCAUAAAAUUUGGUGGAAGGGUGAAGCAUAGGCCUAAAGGUAAUCCCAUAGAGCUUUGGUACGGACGAGCCUCACAUCAAGCAAGAACAAUCAAUCAAUCAAUUAAUCAAAUUUUAUUUAUAUAGAGCCAAUUCACAACAGUCAUCAUCCCAAGAUGCUUUCCAAAGAAAAAGAGCAGGUCUAGACCACGCUCAUUGUUUGAUGAAUUAUCAAGACCCAACCUUAAGAUGGGACAGAUUUAACCCAUCUCAUCUAACAUGAGUGACAGUGGCAAGGAAAAACUUCCUUUUAACAGGCAGAAACCUUGGGCAGGACCAGCCUCAUGCCAGACAGGCACCUGCUGCUGCUGGGUUGGGGAGAAAUACAAAGGGAGAGAGAGGGGGAGAGAGAGAGAGAGAGAGAGCUAGAGAGAGAGAGAGAGAGAGAGAGAGAGAGAGAGAGAGAGAUAGGAGUGGGAGAGAGGGCAGGGGAAGAGAAAGCUUACUAUAAGCUUUGGUCAAAGUCUGCCUUCUUCGACUGCCAGUAUGGGUUGCCCAGUUUUUUCAAGCUUGUUUGUCCUCACAUAGCAGAGGCUGUAGUUCAUGUAGUGAUCAGCCCUGAAAGUAAAGGAGGUAAAGCAAAGAUGCGGAAGGAUUAGGGUCUGGGAUUCUUCCAGGUUUACUCUAAACUCUUGAUAUUACAAGCUGAAAAAUUGUUACUCAAGACUUCCUAUUAUCUGUGGGGAUGUUAGUUUUCAGUUUUACCUCCUGUCCAUCACCUGCUGAUUUUUGAAAGGAGGUGAUGUGCUGUUCUACUGUUUGUGUUUGAUUACCAUGCUGGAAAUCUACUUGAACUUAAGAGUGGUCCUUUGGCUGGCAGAUGGAUGAUCAGAGUUGAUAGACAGACUGUAUGUAAACAUGUAUGAAUGUAUGAGAAAUUGUGUGAUCACAGAUGAUACGAGUUACACUGAUGACAACUUUCAUUAGUUUGUAUGACACUCUAAAUGCUGUGAACAUUUUUCGUUUUUAUGUGUCCUUAAAUUAAUAUUUUGUAUUUGUCCGCGUUUUGUCAUGAGAUUUGAAGAAUUGGUGGUAAUUUCAAACAAUUCAUGUAAAAAUGUUUAUUAGUGAAGAAGAAAAGUAACUCACUAUUGUCUGUUUAUGGAUAGAUGAUGGGAUUGAAUAAGUUGUACUUCUUCUCGCUCCUUUUCACAGAUGUGAAGCCACUCAUGAAGUGUUCUUGUGUUUGUUUUGCCAUUUCAACCUUUUAAUUCAGUUCUUGGUCACUAUCACGCAUUACUCUACAGACAGGCUGGGCUGUCCUUUUAUACUGAGGAAAAUCAAAACUUUGAUAUGCACAGGCAGUCCCAUGAUAUUUUGGAGUAUUUGAUACAGGCUCUCUUGUCUCUCUUAUUUUGUGAAAAGCCUUAACCCUUGUGCUCCCAGGUUGGCUGUAAUGUGCGUAGCAGGUUUGUUCUUUAUCCCUGUAGCUGGUCUGACUGGUUUCCACAUUGUGCUGGUGGCCAGAGGCAGGACAACCAAUGAACAGGUAUGAGAAUUAGAAAAGGUUGAAAAGUGAAAGUAUUCAGUCGGACUAAUGAAUGAUAGAGUGAAGAUUUGAUUUAAAGUGGUGUAUUAUGAAGCAGUUAGCCUCACAUCACUUCCUUUUUGAAGGGUUCAUGUUUUUUACAUUUCAUCUGUUCUCUCUCAUGUUUGUCAUGAAUGCUUGUGCCUAUAAAUCUUUGUGUUAUGUCCUAACUCUUUUGUUCUUUGUCUCUGUCUCUCUCCAGGUCACAGGGAAGUUCAGAGGAGGGGUCAACCCAUUUACCAAUGGGUGUUGGAAGAAUGUCUCUCAUGUUCUCUGCAGCUCGCAGGCACCCAGGUGAUCAUCAUAUUUGAACACUUAAGUCUGUUAUUCAUAAGUCUUACAUCCCUCUACAGAAGCACACUUCCACCUUUAACCCUUUAAUGUAAGGCACAGGACCAGACAAUUCACAAGCUUCUUCUAAGACCUAAGAUAACAGGGGAUGAACCGCAACAUAUGGUGCUGUAAAACAGUGUUAGAAAUCCCUUCAACAGAAACUGUCGGACAACAUGAGGUCAGCUAAAGAUCUGAGCAAGCAACACAUCAUGUCCUGGUUGAAAAGAAAUUCUAGAACAGAUGAGAAAGAAAGUUAUGGACUCCCAUCAGUCUGGGAAGGGUUGGGCCAUUUUUAAGACUUUGGGACUCCAGGGAACCACAGUGAGAGCCAUUAUCCAGCUUUCAGGUUUAGGGGGCGGUGACUUUUACAGACAGAGCCAGGUUAGAUUGUUUUUUUUGUUUGUUUGUUUGUUUUUUUUAAAAUGAAAAUCAUUGUUUAAAAACUUUUUGCAUUCACUCAGAUUAUCUUUGUAUGUGAUUAAAAUUUGUUUGAUGAUAUGAAACAUGUGAGUGAGACAAAAAGCCGAAACAGAAGAAAGAAAGACUUUUUCACAGCUCUGAAUUUAGUGAUUUCUUUAAGCAGAGACAGUUGACAUGUUUUCUAAUGGAUAAACUCUGUUUCUUCCUGACAAGCUGUCUGACUGUCCAUGUGCUCUUUGCAGGUAUCUGGGCAGAAAGGAGUGUGUGCAGAGUGUGUGUGUACAGCCCCCUUUUCUGCGGCCACAGCUGACAGAGGCCCAGUUGGCUGCAAAGAUCCUGGACAAUGGCAUCCAGGGAAACCUGCACCGGGUGAGACCUUCAAGACCAGGCACUCAGAAGACCCAGUUUUUCCUAGUGCCAUAAAUACAGCUUUGUCAUCAUGCUCAUGUUUGAUCAAGAAUUGAUCUUGCAUGUUGGUAGACAGACGUUAUGUAAGUGUGUGGUGCUUCUCAUUCAAAUCUCAGCCAGGUGAGUUUGCAUAUAGGCAGGCCCAGAUGGCAGCAGGAGGUUUAACGGCGGUUAGAAAUUCAAAAGCCAGAAAUCCUGUAAGGUCACACGAGUAAAUAAAACCACAUCUAUUGGCAUAGUCAGUCUGUAACAACUCAAAACAAAAGUUACAGGAAAAUGAAAUCUGAUAUCAGCGUCCCAACAAAUGGACUCUUUUUAAUUUCAAGAGCAGCGUUUAGUUUGCUGUGUGUUUUUGGAAAAGCCAUCCCCUAUAUUUUUUAGUGCAGUAGGAUUCAAAGUUCCCAAAAGAGAGAAAAGAGUCUUUUUUGCAGAAGAUAUAUCAUACCAUCCGGAGCCUGGCACUGACAAAAAGGUUUUUCAAAUUCUUAACUGAUGUUGAAAGUGUCAGAAAGCCCACAUACACUCACCGGCCACUUUAUUAGGUACACCAUGCUAGUAACGGGUUGGACCCCCUUUUGCCUUCAGAACUGCCUCAAUUCUUCGUGGCAUCGAUUCAACAAGGUGCUGGAAGCAUUCCUCAGAGAGCUUGGUCCAUAUUGACAUGAUGGCAUCACACAGUUGCCGUAGAUUUGUCGGCUGCACAUCCAUGAUGCGAAUCUCCCAUUCCACCACAUCCCAAAGAUGCUCUAUUGGAUUGAGAUCUGGUGACUGUGGAGGCCAUUUGAGUACAGUGAACUCAUUGUCAUGUUCAAGAAACCAGUCUGAGAUGAUUCCAGCUUUAUGACAUGGCGCAUUAUCCUGCUGAAAGUAGCCAUCAGAAGUUGGGUACAUUGUGGUCAUAAAGGGAUGGACAUGGUCAGCAACAAUACUAGGCUGUGGCGUUGCAACGAUGCUCAAUUGGUACCAAGGGGCCCAAAGAGUGCCAAGAAAAUAUUCCCCACACCAUGACACCACCACCACCAGCCUGAACCGUUGAUACAAGGCAGGAUGGAUCCAUGCUUUCAUGUUGUUGACGCCAAAUUCUGACCCUACCAUCCGAAUGUCGCAGCAGAAAUCGAGACUCAUCAGACCAGGCAACGUUUUUCCAAUCUUCUAUUGUCCAAUUUCGAUGAGCUUGUGCAAAUUGUAGCCUCAGUUUCCUGUUCUUAGCUGAAAGGAGUGGCACCCGGCGUGGUCUUCUGCUGCUGUAGCCCAUCUGCCUCAAAGUUCGACGUACUGUGCGUUCAGAGAUGCUCUUCUGCCUACCUUGGUUGUAACGGGUGGUUAUUUGAGUCACUGCUGCCUUUCUAUCAGCUCGAACCAGUCUGGCCUUUCUCCUCUGACCUCUGGCAUCAACAAGGCAUUUCCGCCCACAGAACUGCCGCUCACUGGAUAUUUUUUCUUUUUCGGACCAUUCUCUGUAAACCCUACAGAUGGUUGUGCGUGAAAAUCCCAGUAGAUCAGCAGUUUCUAAAAUACUCAGACCAGCCCUUCUGGCACCAACAACCAUGCCACGUUCAAAGUCACUCAAAUCACCUUUCUUCCCCAUACUGAUGCUCGGUUUGAACUGCAGGAGAUUGUCUUGACCAUGUCUACAUGCCUAAAUGCACUAAGUUGCCGCCAUGUGAUUGGCUGAUUAGAAAUUAAGUGUUAACGAGCAGUUGGACAGGUGUACCUAAUAAAGUGGCCGGUGAGUGUAUGAUGACAAAUGAUGACAGGUGUGAUGAACAUAAGUACACCACAUACAUGAAGACCUUUCUCAACAGCAGCUGGAGUCCAGACUCUUCAAAUCUCUUGUGGUCAAUGCGAAUCUAGAGUGAACAAACAUGGGAGACAACCAAUGCUCACAGUUACUAGCUGUCUUGCUUCCUGGCGUUUGUACUGCAGUUCCAAUAUUUGUUCCAGUCCUCCCUUUGUCAUUUCAGUUGUGGUAUGUUUUGUGGGAUGCUGGAUGCAUAAAUGGCUGUCUUUAAGGCUCCUCCCAUACCUAAAGAUUCAGGACUGUAAAAUACUGAUAAUGCUUUAAUGUUUAUGAUCAUCUUCAGCACAGACCAGAGGGUAAGAAAAAUCAUUCAGAAAGCACACUUUACACCACAGAAUAAUCCAUCCAAACAUCCAUCUGUUGGGCCUCUGCUGACUUUUGGACCAAGGGGGAGACUCGGCCCCAAAAUCUGUACAGUUAUCUUGUGGUAUGUGACCCGCCUAAGAUCCUGUUUACACCUAGAACUGUCAUUGCAUCUGAAUGAUGUGUGAUGUCAGCCUUAAGUCCAGGUGAACACACUCAUCAACCGGUGCUGUGAUCUGACCACUUGGUGUACAUAAAGAGAUGGUCUAUGUGUACUCGGGCACAUUAGGACAAAAAAUACAGACUACCCAUUCUCCCUGCAGCCUCAGCAACAAUCACUCAGAGUUUACAUCUUCAUUUCAGAUGCAGAUUAACAGUGUUAAAUGGAUCUGUCUGUAGUUAUAAACUCUGGCUCUGAUUACUGGAGGCCCAUGGUUAAGACAGGUGUGAAGGUUCACACUCCAAGUUGGUCACUUGUGUCCUGAUAAUAACAAAAAAUAAAAAAUAAAUAAACCUUAUGGACAGCCUUAUACUAGAGUAUCCACGAAUCGACCUUCUUCUCUCAGCCAGCUGUGGGCUUCAGACUGACCGCUUGUUUUUGCUUUUUUUGCACUAUUUUAUGUCUUUUUGAUUGAUUCUUACUGAGAAUUAUUUUUAGAAUUUGUAACUCUUCCUGUUUCCCUUUUCAGUCCAAAUCCAGUCUGGAGAUGAUGGAAAGCCAGUCGUGUGACGCAGAGCCUCCUCCACCUCCAAAACCAGAGCUCCGCUACCCUGGAAUUACCCGGGGGAACACAGAGGGUAACAUUGCGCUCUGACUUUAUUGUCAAACUCUUUGACUGCUGUGAUCCAUCUGCACAUGAAGUUUGUCUUAACUUUACCUUCUCCCAUCCUCCGGCAGAGUGCAGUCUACUCAACAAAGCCCCUCCCACUCCCACCAUGUACAAAUACAGGCCAACCUACAGCCCCGGCAAGAACCACACAGCACUCACACAUGCUUACGCUAAUCAGGUAAUACACACACACACACACACACACACACACACACACACACACACACACACACACACUCAAAUGAAAUACAGACAGGAGAUAACUGAGGUUAUAAAGGAACAAAAAUCACAACUCAUGCUUUUGUGUUGUUUGUCUUUCUUUUGAUUUCCUGUCGUCCAUCUUGGUUUGGUUUCUCAGUGGUUUUCUGUUGAUCAGUAUCAGUAAGUGGAUGUCCUGAUGCUUUUUGUCCCCCCUUCUCCUAUCACAUCUUUUUGUCUGUUCUGUUUCCUCUAGAUGUGGGUAAAAUACAGUAUGAAUUAGAUUAUAGCAAUAUGUGAUCUGCCACAGGGUACUGAGCAACAAAACAGGAGGUAAAAAGCUGAUAAGAAAAGUAUCAUUAUGUUUUUUAAAAUCAAGGCAUUGUUCCUGGUACAGGUCUUUGUGGCUCCAAGACCCUAAAACCAUGGACUGAGCUUAACACUUGGGUUUGUUUUAUACAUGAUCUGGUUAAAAUGAAUAAACACCAUGGGCUCUAUUUUCGUGCCUCGCUGGCGGCAUGGCGCGGGUGCGGCGUCAGUCAGGUCCUCCUCGCCGACAAGACAUGCCCAAGCACACUUUGGUAUUUUGGUGAGCGGCGCAGCCUGGCGUAAGUAUCCCCCCUCCCUAACUCAGCUCCUCCCAGCGGUGUAAGUAGCAGAGAGGUAGGAGAGCAGGCGUGGAGUGGCUUUAACACAGUCAAGUCCUUUUUUCACAAAUCACAUCAGCUUCUCUCCUCACCUUUAAAUUCGCCACUGGCGAGGCGUAAUACAGGGCCACAUAAUGGAGACAGAAGGCAGCCCCUCAACAAGUGUCACUGUAAGCGCUGCAGAGGGCAUCCUGCACACUCUCUCAUAUAAGCACAGAUGGAUUGGGUGUGUGUUAGAUUGUACCCACUGGUAAGACAAACACCCGUUUCCCCAAAUAAAGACACUCACAUAAAGUUGCAUAUAUUUAAACCUCACAUGACAAAGGUGGGUUGAGUGCACAGAUCACAACAUAAAUUCUGAUAAUGGCAUUAAAAUUGGAACCACCUGUGUGUAAAGGACGCAACGCGCUCCGUAGCCUGGCUCUUUCUUUCAUAGAUGUUGGUAUAUAAAAUGAAUUUGCCUCACACAACUGAAUAUUAUUUUAUUCAUAUGUGGGCCUAACUCCGGAUUUGAUAUUCACAGAAUUAUAAGGAUGUGAGAACAUCAGAUAACAGGUCAUUUUGAAUGAAAGUUUCUUUUAUUUUUUGUUGAAAUUUUCGACUUCUAGAAACUUCAACAACUAGGAUAAAGUAACAUAUUCCGGAACCUGAGGUUAACAGUUUAGCGGGGCUACAACACACAGCAGGUCCCAUUUGACAAGAAACACUUCUGAUACAGACACUUGGCUUAUUUUGUUAAAGCGGUUUAAUAUUGUCUAAUACAACCCGGCUUUUUAGCUCUUGUCCACUCUACCUCCUUUUUAAGCAGCCAUUAUUCUCCCAGAGUCUGCAGUAUUUACUUCGUUUUCUUGCUUGUGGUGGCAGUCGUGGCCAAAGGAGGAUUCAGACAAUUUUCUGUACUUUCUGGUUGGUUUCUACUGUCCGAUAUUGUAGCACACUAACUUUGUUUGGUCUCGUGAACGUUAUUGGAGGACAUGGAGUGUGCCUCACAACACGAGGGUGCAGCAUCUGCCUCACAACCAAUCAGGUUGGGGGAGAGAGAGAAUGGCUUUGAUUACAGUCAGAAACAGCAGGCCACUCAAACAUUUUUGCAGAUAUUAAAAGCUUUUUUGUAUAUACACCACAAAAAAGAUGCUUCUCUGACAGAUUCCUGCCUGCCCCACUUUUAAAGUCCUUUAGUUUCCAGGAAGAAAGGUUCAGAGUUUGUAUCAUGUUCUUUUGUUCAUGUUGCUUGCUGGCAGCAGCAACUUUUCCACCGUCAAUAGUUGUUUGCAGAACUUGUAUGCCAGUUACCAUGAAGUACAGAAAAAUAUUUCUAUAUGAAGCACAGUCUGAUUUUGAGGGAGUCAAACUGUUUUCCAGCAGGAAUGCUUCCUUUGCACACAGCAAUGUGAUGGGCAGCUGUGGCUCAGUCUUAGGCAUGUGGACAGCCUUAGGAUUGAACCCAUGACCUUUUGAUUGGAAAAUGACUAAGUGUCCUCGGGCAAGACACUUGACCCCAUCAGCUCCCACUGACUGAGCCCAGUGGUGUCCAAAUGGGAUUCGUCUAAAACUGUUGGGCUCUGUACAGAGCAGCCUCUGCUAUCAGUGAGUGAAUGUCACGGGAUGUAAAAGAGCUGUAAGGGUCAGAAGACCAGAGACAGAGGGAUAGAAACAUAGUCCAUUUACAAAACGGCAUUUAAAAUGUCAAGUUUCUAUGCUGUCAUGUAGCAUCUCUAGGUAGAACUGAGCAAUUAAACGGAUUUAAUUGCAAUAACAAUUUAGGCAUUCCACAAUAAUCAGGGCAGGGGGGAGAGAGGAGAGCUGGGAGAGGAGCAGGAAGAGGAGAAAGGAGACAGGAGAGCGGGGAGUGGAGCAGGAGGAGGCAGCCUGUGAUGAAAUACUGGCUGUAAAAGAGCUCAAAACUUUAAUUUAAUGAAGUAGUGUAAAAGAAAACUUAAUUGCAGAUACAUCAGGUAUUUUAUUUAGAAAAAAAAAAUAACCAAAAUGAAACCAAAGUUCUUCAAGUGAAGUAAAGAAGUGGUGCAUGGUCCCUUUCAACUGUGACUGUGUGAACAUUGAACUGAAUAGGUAGACAAACCGUUCAUUUGACCACUUAUUUUGUUUUUCAAAGAAUUAAGAGUCUUUGUUUUAGAGGUAUUAAAUUGCUCUAAUACCAAACCAUGGAUAUUUUCCUUUAAUAAUUGGGAUAUCAAUAUCAGUCAAAAUGAUGGUGAAUGUGAUUUUUGCCAUAAUCAAGAAGGCGUUCCUCUCAGCAUCAGCUGUUUUCACCAUCCUGCUAAUGAUCUGUGCUGUAGUUCAGCUCAGUAUACAGUAGUGAUGGUGACUGUAAAUGAGAGAUUGAUGCACAACCUUCUUCCACACCAUCCCUCCCUGCUGGUCACUUCUUGUCUUAAAUUAUAAGUGUAUUUUAGUGGAAAUAUACUAGAGAUAAGGAAAUAUGGUGUUAAAUAGUGGCACUAUAUAGUUACUAGAAGCUGUAGGAAAUAAAGUUACCGUUGAAAGACUUGACCAUAGCUUUCAAGACAGACCAUUGAAACUUUAGGGAAAAAGGAUUUAAAUGCUCCUGUAAAAUGAUAUUUAAGUUAGUGAAAAUGCCACAAAAUACCACUAACCUCUUUGACCUUGUCUAGUGGAGUGGUGUCUACCCGGUAUUUAUACCCAUGUCAGGUAGUUGCUCCCUCACCUGUUGGUCUGGCAACUGUAUUUCACUUUGGUGUUGACCAUCCUUUAUUUCAUGGAGGGGUAUUUGUUUCCUUUUCAAUUUGUUUUCUCCUCCUCCCGAUUAGUAUUAUGUUUCCUUUAGAUUCUUCCUGACACAAAUUGACCCCAUGUAGCUCAUAGAUGUUCCCAAAAUCUGAUCUUGUACCAUUGUUUGUCAAAUUGCCCCUUCAGUACUGUUAAAGAAGUAGCCUUUGUUCUGUAUUUGAUGUUUUGUGCUCUCUUUACCUGGGGAGCUUCAGUGGGGACACCUGAGAGACAGGCUCUGUGUCCAUCCUAUAAAAAAACUUCCAGAAUAUGGGAAUAUGGGAGGAUUACCAGCAGAGUGUUUUAGUUGCUGCUUGUAAAGGCACAAAAACAAAAUGCUAAUUAUUAACAUUAUAUUUAACAUUAUACAGGACUGUCUCAGAAAAUUAGAAUAUUGUGAUGAAGUCCUUUAUUUUCUGUAAUGCAACUAAAAACAUGAAAAUGUCAUACAUUCUGGAUUCAUUACACAUCAACUGAAAUAUUGCAAGCCUUUUAUUUUUUUAAUAUUGCUGAUUUUGGCAUACAGCUUAAGAAAACUCAAAUAUCCUAUCUCAAAAAAUUAAAAUAUCAUGAAAAAGUAUACUAGUAGGCUAUUUAACUAAUCACUUGAGUCGUCUAAUUAACUCGAAACACCUGCAAGGGUUUCCUGAGCCUUUAAAAACACUCAGCUUGGUUCAGUAAACUAAAUCACAAGUAUGGGGAAGACUGCUGACCUGACUGCUAUCCAGAGGACCAUCAUUGACACCCUCCAUCAGGAGGGUAAGACACAAAAAGAAAUUUCUAAAAGAGCAGGCUGUUCACAGAGUGCAGUUUCAAAGCACAUUCACAAAAAGUCUGUUGGAAGGGGGAAAUGUGGCAGGAAACGCUGCACAACCAAGAGGAGCUGCUUCCAGAAUUUGGGGGAGCUUCAAAGACAGUGGACUGAAGCUGGAGUCCAGGUAUCAAAAGCCACUGGUCACAGACCUAUUCGGGAAAUGGGCUACAAUAGCCGUAUACCCAUGGUCACACCACUCCUGAACUCAAGACAAUGGAAGAAGCGUCUGACUUGGGCUAUGGAAAAGAAGCACUGGACAGUUGCAGAGUGGUCCAAAGUCCUCUUUUCAGACGAAAGCAAGUUUUGUAUUUCAUUUGGAAGUAAAGGCGCCAGAGUCUGGAGGAAGGCUGGAGAGGAGCAAAAUCCAAGUUGCUUGAAAUCCAGUGUGAAGUUCCCACAGUCAGUGAUGGCUUGGGGAGCCAUGUCAGCUGCUGGUGUUGGUCCACUGUGUUUCAUCGAGUCCAGAGUCAAUGCAGCUGUGUACCAAGAGAUUUUAGAGCACUACAUGCUUCCGUCUGCUGAAAAGCUCUAUGGAGAUGAUGAUUUCAUUUUCCAGCAUGAUCUGGCACCUGCCCACAGUGCCAAAACCACCAGUAACUGGUAUACUGACCAUGGCAUUACUGUCCUCGAUUGGCCUGCCAAUUCCCCUGACCUGAACCCCACAGAGAAUUUGUGGGGUAUUGUGAAGAAGAAGCUCAAAGAAACCAGUCCCAACAAUGCAAAUGAGCUAAAGGCCACUAUUGAAGCAUCCUGGGCAUCCAUAACACCUCAGCAAUGCCACAGGCUGAUUGCCUCCAUGCCACGCCGCAUUGAUGCAGUAAUCCGUGCAAAAGGAUUCCCAACCAAGUACUGAGUGUAUUAAUUGACAUUUUCAAAUGUUUGAUUUUGUUUUGCUGUUAUAAGUCUUUUUUUUUACUUGGUCUGAGGAAAUAUUCAAAUUUUUUGAGAUAGGAUUUUUCAGUUUUCUUAAGCUGUAUGCCAUAAUCAGCAAUAUUAAAAUAAUAAAAGGCUUGGAAUAUUUCAGUUGAUGUGUAAUGAAUCCAGAAUGUAUGACAUUUUUGUUUUUUUAAUUGCAUUACAGAAAAUAAAGGACUUUAUCACAAUAUUCUAAUUUUCUGAGACAGUCCUGUACAUGUAAUGUAUGACUCUUGUAGUCCACCAGGGUCAGUACUGGACUAUGAUAGGCAUUGAAAACUGUGAUAAACUGUUCUGCUUUCUGUUUUUCUCGGAAACCCCCCAAAAGAUCUUCAAAUGUGUCACACUGGUAAAUAGAUGGCGGAAGACCCAGCACACCAAACCUCUUUCAAUAUGUAGACGAGCUUUAGUCGCCUCUAUCAGUAUAAAUAUGUGUUCAAACUGAGAACACCUUUGCCUUUUCAUGCAAGAGCGUGACAGGGUGCCUCGACUACAUCUCUGCACAGAUGCCAGUCUGAUUUUGAAGAGUGCAGUUUAAACAGUUUAAACAGGGGAUAGAGUCAAAUCUGCAGCAGCAGUUUCUGGGGGCCAACAUACGCUCAAAUCUUAAGUUAAUAUUUGGCAAAAGGGCUUGUAGUUCACUCCAAAUUGUUUCUAAUUUGAUUUGACUUUUUCAUGCAAAGCUUUGAUGGCUCUGUCCUUUUAAAUGGUUCUGUUCAACAUCAAAAUUGUUUUGUUUUUCCCCAGAUUGUGUUUGGUUGUUACCUUCAUGAACACUGCCAACUUAGCCCCUUUUUUUCAGUUAUUUACUGCCACAAAGAGUUAUCACUUUACCACAGGAAGGAACGCCUUUUUAAACCUUAUCGAAACAGAUGAAGAAUUGAGAUUAUUGACGGUUUAGAGUUAUGGGCUGUAGUUGGUGUCAACUCAGCUGUCAGCACCUCAGGCUGUGCCUCGAAAUGUCAGUGAUACAUUCAUUUUUGAAGGGGUUACACCUCUUUGCCAUAAGGUGUCACUGAAGCAUUGUCACCUCUCUUCAAAACUAUAUCAUUCAAAUAGAUAAAGGAUUUGGUAAAGUGUUGAUGUCUCAGAGGAAAUAAUUAAAAGAUGGUUAAAGUAAUGUUUUACAGCCAAAAACAGCAUUUCUGUGAUGGUGUGUUUCUUUAUUUAGAUGAAUUAUCACCUUUACCAGAGUGACUGCUGAGUCUAUCUGUGAUCUCAUACAAUCAGAGUAUUGCCUAAAGUAUUGUUUUUGUUUAACCUCUUUACUGUGUGUUUUAAAUAUAUUCUUGUAAAAUUUCCUUUUGAGUUUAUAGCCUUGUAUUUUUGACACACUCCCUGACCUUACACUAACUCAUGUCACAGCCCUGGAUCACCAGAGAUUGUGAAAUUGUUCUCAUGGACUCUAUAGAGACACUUCUAUUUGCAGCAAAGACCAAAUUUACACAUUUAAAAAAAACGCUUGAGUAUUUAUUUCAAAUAAAUGGCUCGGAUUUUGAUCUGUUAUCUGUUCAGUGUUUAUAUUUGACUUUCUCCUGAUCACUUAGACACAGACCAACCCAUUUAGAGAACUUAACGCCGUAGUAAAUGGUGUUGUAUGUCUUAUUUUAGCAUAUAUUUGAGAGAUUUAACUUGUAUUUUUCUGCUGUGUUUACAGAGGAUUAAGGCCAGAGCUAAAGCUGGUGGCAGCUCAACCAGCAGCCCCUUGGGGCCUCAUAGUGUGAACAUAAAGUAACCCCUAUGUUGAAAUGAUGUUAUUUAAGCAGAUAAAGGGUCAGUUAUCAAAAGUCUAUAAAUAGAGUCAUGAGUUAAGUGGCUCAGCUCACAGCCCCUCAGGCCCUGCUUUGCCAGUAUUUUAAAGAGAUAAUAAUGAUAAUAAAUAAUAAUAAUGCAUCAGAUUUCAUAUAGCGCUUUACCUCAAAGCACUUUACAUUGGAUACAUCAUUCAUUCGCUCACACAGUCACACUUUUAUGGUGGUAAACUACCUAGUAGUCACAGCUGCCCUGGGGCAGACUGACUGAAACAUGGCUGCCAAUUCGUUACUAUGGCCUCUUCAACCACCACCACACAACACUCACAAACAUACAGCAGUGGAGGACACACACUGGGAACAAGGUGGGUUAAAUAUCUUUCCCAAGGACACAACGGACAGACUAGGGCUAGGAGGGACUCGAACCGCCAACCUUCCAGUUAUUGGAUGACUGCUUGACCUCUGAGGAUGGAUGAUUAGUCUUUCAUGGUGACAAUAAUCAAUAAAGAAAUCUUUACCUUAAAUUCAGUUCAGCACCAAGAAACAGCCCAGCAGUAGCUCAGCUCCCAGCUCCUCCUGACCUGAGGUCCUCCUAAUUAGGGCCACGAGGCAAAUGCCCCGAUACACCAUUAUCAUACUGUGGAUUUUUUCCUCUUCCUCUUUUGGACAAAUUUCAAUUCGCUACAACUCCUACAGCUUGAAAAGUUGUGGGACAAAUUGAUAUAUCAAACCAUGGGGUUUAAUCUGGAUCAGUGUGCUAUUACUUAUCUCUAUUGUAUACAAUUUUUUUUUGCAAUGGAAGUCACAAAAAACUAUGGUAAAAUGUUGCAUUAAAGUCAUUGAUACAAGCAGAAAUAAAAAAAGCAAUUUUAAAGGUCUACUGUUCUCUAGACCUUUUUUUGUAAGAAAUAAAUACUUCAAAAAGAAAUGUUUGUUGCAGGCCUGCUCCUUGUCUAUAAUAUCACAGUAGUAUCAAUCGUAUAAAUUAUUAAAAAUCUCAGAAGAAUCUCAUCUUCAUGUAUAGACCCUGGCAAUAGCCCUCAUGGCCCUUUCCAAAUUUUCCAGAGGGAAUUGUUUAGUUUCAAGUCUUGUUAUGACUUACAGAACCCGAAUAGUUGAGGGUUAUUUGGAGGCUUUAAAAAGUUUGCGAAGCAUGACCAAUGAAUCCCUUUGAGUAGAAAACCUUGUAAUGGACCAUGUACAUGGAUCCAGCCAAAUAAAUCCUCAAACUCAAGGUUUGAGACCUCAGAGCACAGAUAGUGAAAUAUUCACAUUUUAGUGUUUGAUUGUGGAGUGUCUUUGAUCCAGACAUUGGAAAUGGUGUGGUUGUUACAAAAAGGUUUGGCUAAUGGUUAAAAAAAAAAACAUUUUCUAGUGAAGAGGAAACAGCUGUCAGCUUGUUGUAUGUUUAGAUGUUCUGCUGUUUUACAAACUCAGGGUGAAGUUCCCAUGUUGCUCUUUCCUCUUAUGUGCUUAGCUUCUUGUUUCUUUCCCUCCCUCUGUCUUGACCCACCCACCCACCCCACCCCACCCCACUUCUCCAGUUAAGUCGAGGGGAGAGCGUUGGCAGUGCCAGAGAUUCCUCCUCCUCCACCUCCUCCCUCCUCCAGGCCAGUCAGCAGCCUGGUUUCCGCUCCCAGCCCAGCCUGGACCGGAGGGACACUUCAUCCGACCGAGUUGGAGCGGGAGGAGGUGGGGAGAGGAGGGAGGGAGGAAGAGAGGGAGCUGGAGGGGGCAUCCCUGGCUACACCCUGGGCGGACGCUCAUACCCCUCUUUCUCCGACCCCACCGUCCUAUCAGGAGUGGCUUCAAGGUCUUCCAGCUCCACUCACACCUCAGCAGGUGCAGCACACGUCUCUGAGGCAACAACCACCUCGACUAGCUUCAAGAGCUUAGCCAAUCAGACGCCUCCGCCUCAUCACCCAUCACGUAAUGGGAGCCUUUCAUAUGACAGCUUACUGGCAGGUGGAGAGGACUUGGCCAAAGGGGUGGUGACGAGUUCAGCAGCUCAGGAGGAGGCCUCUGGGAGACCCUGUACGCCGGCAGGAGGCGGCUAUACCUCCCCCUUCCUGUCGUCUCAGCAGAGAGGAGCUGAGAUGCACUCCCAGACCUCCCAGUCACCCCAUCACCACCACCGCUCUUCCCACCAACACCACCACCCCUUCCUCUCACGCUCCUCCUCCACCUCCUCUUCACCGCCUCCUCCUCCAGAGAGGGACCGGCUGCUGGGCGAGCCUCAUCCUCCACCAGCUACUCAAACUCCCUUGCCUCCCUCCUCCUCUGCACCCACUCCCCCACACCAUCAUCACCACCACCAUCACCACCACCACCACUCCCACCAUCACCACCACUCCUCGUCCUCUUCCUCUACUUCUCGCCCUCCACGCUUCGCUCCUCCUCAUGCACCACCCCACCACGCUUACCCUUACCGCACGCGCUCUACCGACACCCCUUUUGCCCCCUCAUCCACCUCCACCACCCACCCGCCCCGCUCCCCGCACCCUCCUCCUCUGGGCAAAUCGCUUUCUUACUCAAGUGCUGCCGCUGCCGAGAUGCAGUACAGGCUGGUUCGAAAGGCCUCUGCGUCAGCUGGAGCCAAUGCAGCAGGAGUAGGAGGAGGUGGAGGGAUGGGAGGAGUAGGAGGAGGAGGAGGAGGAAUACAAGCGCCGAAGUGAGUAUGAGUCUCGCCUUUUGUCAGGACGAUUGGUUUGCUGCUAACCCUGAAAAAAACCACCUGCCCACCUGAAAAACCUGACUACCUGACUGAUUGCUCCUCCUGCUCCUCUUCCUUUCUCUCCUCCUCCUCUUCCUCCUGCCAGAUUUCCUGUGAGUUCCUCCUUUUCCCUUUUCUUGUCUUUCAGUUGUUUGUCAUUGUGCUACGUAUGUUAUCUGCAUGCUCGUGUUGUCCCUCCUUUGUAGAAGGCUAAACAAAUGAGUAUAAACUAAUACGCUGGUCUGUCUAAAAUCUGAGAAACAGAGUUUGAUGGUUGACCUAUCAUGGCAUGUUUACAACAUGUUGCACCUCCUCUCCUGUUACCAACCCUCUGUAAACCUCAAUGAACCCUGGAGACACACAAACCCAGCAGACCAGGUUCUGGAGUCUAAAAGUGAAAAGUUGUCCCAUUCUUGCCUGAUAGAGGAUUUCAGCUGCUCAACAGUUCAGGGUCUCCUUUGUCCUAUUUUUAUUGUCAUGAUGCUCCAAAUGUUUUGAGAUAAAGGUUUUUGAAGUGAAUUUGAGUUCAUGCAGUGAUUUCCACUGCAGAGUCCUGUCUGUUUUGACUGCAGUGCUGCCUGAGGGCCAGAAGAUCAGGACCAUCCAGUCUUGGUUUUGGUCCUCAUCUCUUAAGUACAGAGAUUUCUCCAGAUCCUCUGAAUCUUUAAAUGGUAUUAUGUACUGUAGAUGAUGAAAUCCACUCAUUCUUUUUAUUUGACUCUCAGGAACAUCAUUCUGAAACUGUUGAACUAUCAACUCACACAGUCUCUCACAGAGUGGUGAACCUCUUCUCAUCUCAGCCUCUCUGAAUGUCCUUUUUAGACCCAGUCAUGUGACUCACCUGUUGUCAUUGAUUUAGAGAUACUCCUCCAGCUUUUUACACACUUAACAACAUUUUUCAGUGUCAACACUGGAUCUGUUGCCUCUGCAUGGUUUCAAUGAAGGAUAAGAUUGAAAUCAUUUUCAAACCAUCAGAAUCUGUUUUUGCCAAUAUUUUACAAAGCAUUAAAACUUGUGCACAUUCGAUGUGGACAGAGUCAUAGUAGAAAAAUGAACAAAACAGACAUAUGGCCAAUGAGAGGCCACUCCAGAAAUGGUGUCAGUCACAUAGAAAAUGCUGAUUCUGACAGGAAGUGGAGGACAGUCUGAAGCUUCAUGACAAACGGCUUCAAAUUGCCCACCUCACAGCUGUAACCCCUCAUUUAUACGCUGCUCACAACCAGCUUUACCUCCUCUUCAAAUGUUGUCAAUCAAACUAAAUUUAACAAAACUGUGUUCCUUGAAAAAGAGUCCUCCAUGAUGAUUCUUCUUUCUAUCCAAAACAUGACUUCAGUCUAGUUUAGCUGAUAUCAGGGAAGCUUUUUUUCUCCGACUUGGUGUUUGUUCUUGGAGUUCAGCAACAUUUCAAGAAAUCAUCUUUUUAAUGGAGACGCUCAGCCCUUUUGCAUGGCUAUAACUCUUCUGUGUGUUUGUCCUCCUUAGUUCAUCAUCACUGAUGCUUUUUCAGUCUGCUUGCUUUUUGUAACUGUCAGAGAUUUGAUGGCUUUACUUCAUGCUCUCCUUUCACCACAUCAGUGUCUUAUUGUGUAUCUCUACUGUGAUCAAAUGCAUUGAGGAAAUGUGAAUGUGAUAAAACUGAAACUAAACCAACUAUGGAGGUGAAACUAAAACUUUUCAACCACUAUUCCACCACUUGGUUCUGGUAUUCUAUGUGAACUAGUACUGUACCAGUCUUCUUUUUGGCCUUUGCUGUCUGCUCUUUGAAUGACAUUACGAGCACUUUUGAAAUCUUUUUCCUGCUCACAGGUUUUAAGAACCUGUUGAAUCAAUCUGGUGAAUUUGUAUCCGGUACAGAUGUUUUAGACACAUUUUUAUGGCACAGAACUUCAGCAGUGACACUCUGAUGAACUGCUGAGGAGUGAGUGUGGAAACAUGACUGAGAAGUUCCUGGUAGGUUUCAGAAACCCUCUUCCCUCCUGGUCUCUUACACUCUCUCUUUGUGUGUUCUUUAAUCAGGGAUGAGCUGAUCCAGAUGAACCCUUUGAGUCGGCCCAACGGCAGCCAGCCCUUCUCCCCCACCUCCUCCUGCUCCACCCCUUCCUCUCCUUCCCACCCAGUCAGUGUGUCUAGUCGGCCCCCACUGACCUACCCUGGCUCAACGUUGAUGCAAAGUCCGGCACACAAACCCCAGGGCGGAGGGGUGAAGAAGGUGACUGGCGUCGGGGGCACAACUUAUGAGAUAUCUGUGUGAGUAGCAAAAAGCCGCCAGCUCAAGGACCAAUGAAAGGAGGCCGAGAUCCAGCCUCACCACGCAGGAAGUGGUUUAAGUAAACCAACAAGCAGGAUGCUUUGAACCAUUUGGUCUGGAUGGCACUCCUCACUGGCUUAUGGACUGUAGAGCUAACCUGGACUGAACUGCCUCCACUUUAGUAACUCUGCUGGAAAGAUGUCAGCCAGUCCUCUCUGGCUAUGGGCUGUAACAUACUUCUUUUUUAGGACCAAACCAGAAAGACCAUUUGGCUCUUUUGGGGGGCUUUUCUCCUCUCUGUAGCUCAGCAGGUAGCACAGGUAGGUAGGUCCGACCUUACUUUACACAAGUACAGCAGCGCAAUGCCUAACCACUGCCAGGGCAAGGAGCUCCAUCCCCCAUCCACUGGAUCCACAGAGAGGUCUUGGUUUAAGAAGGUUCACAUCAGCACUUUUGGACUGAAGCUGCACGAAGUGAAAGAAAAGGUGCAGAUGUUGAUAUUUAAUAAUGAAAAUUGAAGUACAAUGAUAAUGUGAAGCCAGAUCAGGAUGAUCAAAAUAGAGUGCAUUUAGAGUCCAGGGUUUCCCACAGACAAGGAGUACAUGACAAGUGUCAUCAGUCAGUCAGGUCACAUUGGCAGAUUCUUUCUUUUGGGGAGAAUGAUCUGACGGGAACAAAACGAUUCUGAAGUUGCUCCUGCAGAUGGCCUCAGCCAACAGCUGUGACACAGGCUGAUGUGACUGUAUGAGGACAAUGCAACUACAACGCUCAAAUUCUGGUGUCUGUCACUGACAGGCUCAGAUGUUUAUUUGACACCAUAACUCAACCUAUUCCUCAGAGAAAGACCAUUCUGUUGCAGAGAAGGAAGGACACUCUUGUUCUUUAGAAGGAUAAACUCUGUCAUAUUUUCUGGCCAAACAGAGGAGUCUCUUUCCUCCAUAGAUACAUGUUUGUGUUUAAAAUUGUUUCAGAUCUUUCUGGGUCUCUGAUCCAGCAGGUUUCUGAAUGAAGUGACAGUAUUCCAGCUAGGACUUUCACAUCUGUCCUUAAAUGCUGUUUAGUUCCUGAGGAGUGGGACUCGAAAGAGUUCCAAGAACCUAAAAACACUGAUUUCUGUUUGUAAAGUUUAAAACAUAUUACCCAAGACACACAGAGAGUAGUAACUGCUGUGUUAAAAGGAUAUUCCGGCGUAAAAUUAAUUUAGGGUCAAACCCACUGCAAGACCGAGGUAGACACCCCCUCGAUAGAUGAAUGUUGCCGACCGCUUGCUUCUCUAGUUAUACCAACUUUAAUAACGACCUCAACCAAAAAGUCACUCUAUAGUAAGGCUGCACGAUAUUGGAAAAAACUAACAUUGCGAUGGUUUUCAACCCUGCGAUAUAUAUUGCGAUAUUAAAAAUACAGAAAUUUUCACCAGAUGACCUGAAUAACAUUUAAUGUUAUGCUGCACCCCUGAGGUCUUGAGAACAGUUAACCUGCUCUGAUCUUACCUCUUUUUGUGAAUGUUAGAAUGGCUUCUGUCUGUCUCAGAGAUAUUUUUAGCUUUUAUUGUGCUGGGACGUUAUUGUGGCGACAGAUGAACACAGAAGACGUGUUUUGGUCGACAUCAUCCUUCUUUUAACCGAAAUAAUUCCAGAUAACUGACUUUCCUUUUCUUUUUGGCAACAAAUCUUCAUUUUCGGUGGUUUUCUCUUGUUCGUUGCUCAUUUUGCAAUCGUUGUUGUUGUUGUUGUUGUUAGCGGUGUUGUGCCGAGAAACGCAUGUCCUCUGAGAAUUGCAUGCACCUCGCAAAACGCGCACCGCUUAUAGUAGAGUGGUCCACGGAAAUAUACAUUUUAAACCCAUACAGUUCUUAUUUGUUGGGUUUAACAGUCAUGAGUAAAGUUCUGAAAGUAAUUCUCAGCGGACACGCGUUUCUCGGCUCAACACCAGCAGCCAGCGUCUCACUCCAUGUGCAGUACAUGUGCAGGGGUGGGUUUCCUCCGCUCUGAUUUUGAUUGACAGCUGGCAGGGUAGUCUGAUUGGCAACUGAGAACUGAGUCUGAUUGGCAACUGAGUAAAGGACGAAGGUGAUUGGUGGAUCGCUGCAAAGCACAUGCAGAGUCACAUGCAGUAUAUCUCAGUCAGCCACCCUUGAAAUUAAAUGAGUUAAUUCACCUCCGAUAUCGCAGGCUCUGCGAUGUGACUAUCGCACACACGUACAUCGCGAUGAAGAUGCUCAAACGAUAUAUCGUGCAUGCCUACUCUAUAGCCACAAAUAAUGCUCAGAACAGCACCUAACUUCAUCAACAGUACAUAUAGGGUCCCAGCCGUAGCACUAGCAACUAAACAUCUUUUUAGCUUUGCCUGGUUUCUUUAGCAAAGAAACGAAACACAACUCACCUACUCUCUUCCAGCAGCCGAUCAGGCCAGCACACCUCGGGCCAGUCCAUUACGGACUGCAGUGGGGUGAAGCAGCUCAAGAAAGAACAUGUAUGAUCAUUUCUUCAUGGAAAUGCAAUCAGACCAAGAUGCUGAGGCAGAAGAACUACCACAUCUGCAGUGCAAAAUGAUUAAUAUGGUGAUUAUUACUUCAAGGAAAUGAUAAAGAAAUGAUCACAAAUGUUCUUCCUUGAGCUUCGUCACCCCGCAGCAUUCUGUAAUUGACUAACUCGGUUUUACGGUGUGUUUGACCCUAAAUUAAUUCUAAGCCUGAAUAUCCCUUUAAAUCGAAAGAACAUUGUCAUCUGUGCUGAAAGAACACCCACAGGGAUAGACCUGUUAUCAAGUCCUAAUCCUUUGAACAGAGGGGACAGUGCAGUCCUGACAGCUUUUAUUCCUGCUGUAUUCAAGAACACUAACUAACGAACUAAUCAAAGCCGUUGUAGACUGUUAGGAUGACUCUAGUCUGAGUAAUAAUCAUCACCAUGAGUUUACAUUGGUCAACUUUGCAAUAUUACAAACGUAGAGAGGACCCCAUUCUGCUUCAGUGCUUAGUUGCAUUGAAAGCCAAACUUCCCCUAACCCUCCCUAUGGGCUCUAACGACCAUGUCUGAGUAAAUUCCCCACAAGCUCAGUGUCUCAACUGUCCACAAAUGGAAGACAGCUCAGUUGAGAUUGGCUGUGCAGUGCUGGCUGUUCACAUUACAUGAGCAUUAUCAAGUUUGAUGUUUGACCCUUUCGCUGCAACUCCUGUGUAGCAGAUUUGAAGAGAGGUGAUCCGUUGUCUUGAGUUCACCUCUGCAUUGCAACCUUCAACAGUUUCUUUACCAUACAGGACUUUGCUUUAUGGUCCCCCUGCCAUUCGUCAUCUAGUGUAGCAUAUCCUUCAUUUCUCUUUAUUAUCUCUUGAUUAACUUUGUCCCACAAGGCAGGGAAAUUUGUCUCGGCCCAUUCACCCAACUCUGUAUCUCAUGUUUAGCAGAGUGACAGACCAGUUUUUGUAAAUGUUGGCUGGUGGACUUGAGGGGGCGAUGGAACAGAUGUAUCAGGUAAAGGAAAGCCUCUGAACCAUCAGGUAAAAUGUCCUCUACUGAAAGGAUCCAGUCUGUUAAAUCAGAUGUUUUUAAAAAUGAUUAAGCUCUUUUAGUUAACUUUAUUGCAUUGGCCAAGUUCGUCGUCACGCUGCAGCCAUCUGCUGAGGCAGUUCCAAAACAUUUUGUUCCUGAAAAUCAUCAAACUCUGAAAUGUGUCAAAUUACAGCCCCGCUUCAAACACACAGAUCUGGACCUGGUUGUUUGGGCACUGGUCUUUGGUUCUUUUUAACAGCAUCCUCAUACAGACAGAGCGGGGUAAGGUUGUGUUGAUAGUUUGUGUUUCAGAUGUCAUUUGUGGAGACACUAAAGCAGCUGCGGCUGAGCCUCUGCAACCUGUCGGCUCCUUCACAACCUUCCCUCUCGUGGAAAUGCACAACGCGACCGACAGGAGGUCAAUAAUCAGGCGGUGAGCAGGAUCCACUCUGGACUCAUGACAAUCUGAUGGCGGCUGGAGGGGAAGGUCACCUGUGAACUUCCGCGCCAAUCGAUGUGGCUGCGUGACGUGACUUUUGCCUUUUUGAUGGGGGGAUGAAAAUGUAAUAUUGGGGGAGAUAAAGACAUGAACAUGCAGAUUCCCUGUUUCUUUCGUUCAUCUGUUGAUAAAUUCCUGGAUGUGAAUAUGAUUCCAUGUUUGUACAGGAUGAUGUGGUUUUAAUGUGGAUUUCUUUUUUGAAAAAGUGGCUGCAGCAUGCACUACUAAUACUACGAGCCACUGUAGGCCUCUGUGUUCUGCUGUGUGUCUGUUUGAACAAACUGGAAGUGAACAAGGAAAUCAUGUUUGGCCUUCUGCCGUCAAUAAGGCAGAUUUUUUGAAAACCAACUCCUUGAGCGAAUGCCUUGAGAAUUCAUGUUUUUUUAUGCCACUUAUUUAAUUUGAAAUUGUUUUAUAUGAAUUUGUAUGGAAAUAUAGCUAUUGAUAAAUGAAGAGUUUUUAAUGUUGAUUCAAAGAGAGUUUGUGUCCACAGAGUCAGGAUGAAAUGAGCCCUUGUGAUUGGUCGAAGCUCUCAACAGGUUAACUGUCUGCUCUGAGAGUCCAGUCAUUUUGAUUAUAAGGACAUGUAGAAAACUGGGAUUGUUUCCCUCAGAUCUGAUUGCCGCUCAUGACUUCAGUAAUGUGUAAAAACCUCAUAUGGGAACAUUCUGUAAUCUACGGCAGAGUGUUAGGGCCACUGUGAUGGGGCUCUUCCCCUAUUCACAGUGAAGGUAAACCACUCCCAAGCCCCCUGAGAACAGUCAUCCUAAUAUCUAGGAUUAUCUAAAUGCGUAAUCAAGGGAGCUGAGCUGCCACCUGCUCACUGGCAGGUCUUUUACGGUUUGUAGUACUUCAGUAGAAGUUGUUUUGAAGUUUCUGUAGGUGGCCAAGUUGUCCAACAAGGUCACCUCAUAAAAACAGAUCUGGAGAUGAAAACCUCUGAGAAACAUGAACAAAGCAGUGGCUUUUAGGGUCUGUGAGCUGAGCUGCCAUGAGCUGAAGCUUCCUCUUGAAGCAAUUCCUUCCUCUGUUUUAAAGAUACAGUUACAAAUGCUGAAACUGUAACUCCAAAAAACUAGUUGGCCGGAAAAGUUUCACAUCCAUCUGCCAGUGUGAUAAACAUUUACCUCUUGCAGGUAAAAUAUCAGGCUUACAAUGGCUGAUAGAAAAAAUUGAACACACUGCCAGAUCCUGUGAAAUGGCUCAUUUAAGAGUCAGUUACAAACUUUCUUACAAAAAGUAUUGUACUAUUUUGUGAUGAGUGGCUGAAGAAAACAAAAUUGACAUGUCCCUUUAAAAGAAAGUUUAAAAAAAAUUAUGUUUGUAAGCAUGUAUUAUUACAUGAAUUUCAAAGAUUUGAGAAAUUGGUCAUUCUUGAUUCUUUUAGUUGAAUGUCUGUUAAUGCAGUACCACGCUGCACAGUUCUUCAACAUCUCUGACUGUCUUUUAUUCCACAAUGGCCCUAAUCCUCUGUUGCACUGCUGAAACUGUAAAUUAGAUGUAAAAAUCCUUCUGGUCUCCAUGGAAAUGUACAUUUGAAGGUGCUGAAGAUUAAAGUAAAAGGAGCUUUCACAAACUCUGUACUCAAAAAUUCCUUUGUUUGUCGUGUCCCACUGUAUGGUUUUUGAUUUGACCUCUGGAGGGCACUAAAGGCAAGACUGAGGAGCCUUGAAGAAGAAGCUUGUGGAGAAGUCAAGUCUGAGUUCAUGUUUCUGACCGGACAGAAUCACAAACUGAAGCACCAGUUUUGUCUGGUGCUGUGUCUAAUAUGUAAUUUUUCGCUCAGCAGCCUCUUUAUUAGGUACACCUUUCUGGUACUGGGUUGGACCCAUGGACUGUAUAUAAGAUGGACAACCUGGUUCCGCCUUCCGCCUGUAUACGGAUUUGAAGCCAAAAAGCUCUCGGUUAUUCCGGG